AGUCUAUGUAGCCUACACGCAAGAGGAGGAGAGCGUCCGCCGCACAGCAGAGCCAAGACUGUCUACAGAGAGAGAGAGAGAGAGAGAGAGAGAGAGAGAGAGAGGUGGAGGAAACAGCUGCAAGCGGAUCCUCCACAUCAACAAGCUGUAUGAGGAAUCUGUAAAGAAGAAGAAGAAGAAGAAGAAGAAGAAGAAGAAGAAGAGGGGAUUUAGCGAGGUUUCCUCCCUCCUCCGCUUUUGGAUUCAAAGAACAGAGGCGUGUGGAGCUCGCAAGACUAUCCUACAAGUGGUGAAGCGAUGUUUUAGCGGAGCAGAUUUUCUCCACAACACGCCCGCCCAACGACACUCUAAUUCCGAGCAGCGAACAUCUGUGGACGCUUUUCCUGCAGGGAGAUGGCUGUUUUCCGGCUGUCGCUGCUGCUGCAAGUGGGAUUUGUGAUCGGAUCAAACCACAAAUACGGGGAAUGGUCGGCGCAUGGGAAGGAUAUCAGAGCACGAGAGGAGAUUCACGGCGCUCAGACGCGCAGUCGGCAGCUGGCGCAUCUCCGCGCGCCUCAUCACCCACCCGGGGAGACGGAGGAGCUACCGCAGAAAAUAGAAGAGCAUCUCCCCAGGGUGGUCACGGCUUUCCUCCACUCGGGGGACUCGACCACCUUAAAGCACGCCAACUGCUCGCGGAGAUACGAGCUCACCUCUCUGCGGGGAAGGUCACAAACCACCCCGCAUUACUCCAUGAGCAGCGUGCUGGAUACGGUGCUGCACGCCACAAACUUCCUCAGCAUGAUCCUGCAAGCCAACAGGUCCAGGGAGCACAGUCUCCGGCGAGACAUUGAGUGGUAUCACGCCUUAGUGAGGAGUAUACUGGAGGGAGACGCCAAGAUCCACCGGGCUGUUGUCACUUUCAACGCGGAUUCAGCCGUGUCAAGGCCUACCGUGCUUCUACAAGCCACCAGGGCCGGCGGAGAGAUAGUCCUCCAAGACCUCUCCAGCGUGGCCCACCGUCACCUGCACAACCGCACGGCAGAGACAGAGUGGUACCAUGAUGUCAAAGACAGGAAGAAGCCAAGUUUCCACAAGAAGGUGCUGAGCCAAGAGUUUCAAUCAGUUGACAAUUCUCUAAAGAGGGGGGAGAGUUUUAUCCCGGACAAGACUCAUGUGAGGUGGUCUGCGCCCUACCUGGAGUGUGAGAAUGGGAAUUUUGUUCCACGUUGGCUUUUGACCUUAUCGGCUGCUUUCUACGGCCUGAAGCACAACCUGGCUCCAGAAUUCAGGUAGGUGCAACGAUCAGAGGUUGACCGAUAUUGGUUUGUCAGAGGAGAGAUCGAUGACGAAUAUUUGAAACUGAUAUUUAUUAUUUGAUUUUGUCCAAACUUUGAUUUUGGAAAAUUACCCCCAGUUUCCACCGCAAUCCGGAAUGGCUACGAAAAAGUUGUAUCCCCCGAUCGUAGCUGAUCGUAACCAUUCGAAUCAAUGUGUCAAUGUCCAUCGGCUUCUUUCCAUUCAGCUGCGGAUCGCAAGAGUUCUGUUUUAUCCGGACGCCGAAGCGUGCCGGAUAAAUUCAGCACAGAUUAACCCGUGCUGGAAAGGAAGCUACGAAAAGGUCAUUUCCGCCGAUUGUAGCUGAUCGUAACCAUUCAAGUUAGUGUGUCAAUUUCCACCGGCUUUUCUCCAUUCUGCUGCGGAUCGCCGGACUUCGCAGUUGAUCGCAAGAGUUCUGUUUUAUCCGGACGCCGAAGCGUGCCGUAUAAAUUCAGCACAGAUUAACCCGUGCUGGAAAGGAAGUCGGGCACAGACACAAAAUAAAAUAUCCGGGUUGUUUUCAAAAUAAAACACUACACGUUUAAGGCGGAUCGUACUUAACAUCAUGCAACGGGCGUAGACGAACAAGUGAAAGAUUUAUAGACGUCAUUUCACCCCGAUGACACCAUGGAUGAGGAGACGCUGAUUCUAGAAGUCUAGAAGUAGAUUUCCUCCUCUGGAAGGACACAAUCUACUGCUUAUAUGGUUAUCUAUGUGGCUAAAGACGACUCGCCAUCGAACGAGAAUCUACAGGUUCUUGAGGGUUCUUGCGAUUCCUGCUGUCCGUAAUCCACCUCGAAAUUCGCCUCACAAAUGGAUCCGGUAGGAAUUGGCAUAUGGUGGAAAUCGCUGCCGUUCCGGAUCGGAUAUCCUGGGCAAGUGAAGCCAUUUUUAUUGCUGAAUGUAAUCAGAGAUGGGUAGAAUAAAAUGCCGGCACAGAUAAUCAUCCAAAUGACAAAUAUUGGCCCCGAUAAUUGGCCGGGCUGAUGAUCAGUCAACCCUGUAACGCAGAUGGCUGAAAACGGAGCCGUAAUGAUGCUAUAAAUAGAAAACCUGGAAAAACAACAAGCUCAGCACAACACCUCGAACAGAGCCUCUUUUUAAAAGCAGCUCUUUCCUUCGGUGGUUGUGGUUCAUAUUCACAGCAGGUGAGUUCAGGUAGAUUUAACCACCACUACAUCUCCAUCUCCAUCUCCAAACCACUUCCAAUAACCUGGUUAGCGCCCGAGGUGAUCAUACCUGCCUCUCUUUCCUCCCCAAACAUACCGCAGCUUCCCCCGCCUGUUACACAAGGGGGGUUUUCUUCUCUCCUCCAGUCUGACAAGGCGGCGGGAUGCUAAAAAUAACCCUGACUGUUACUGGAUGUAGCAGUGGUGGAAACCUCUGGCUGCAGGCCCUAAUUCAUUUUUCAAACUCACUCUGCUGCAUGCUUUACUACUCAGGAAACGCCGUGUGCCCUUUACUUUCCCUUUCUUGAAGAGGGGGCGGCUGCUAAAUCUGCGAUGAGUCAGAACCCUCCUGAUGAGAGGCAGCCAAUUUUUUCCUUUUUUUUUCCCAAGAAGAAUCACAGCAGCACGCAUCGGCAGAGAAAGAAAUGAUGAAACUGUGUCUCAUGUAUGGUGUUUUGUACGAUCCAUGUCCUAAAGCCACCCCUGCUGCAGCCUCCUUGUAAUGUGAUCCUGGUCCUGGUAUGCACAGGAAUAGUUAAGUGGAAAGGCUCCAUAUGAUCCUGAUUCCUGACCGACAUCUUCCCAAUGAAUAUUUAAUCCAGAUCACUAGUUGUGUGUGUUCUGCCUGGGAUGAAUCUUUAAUUGAUACACUGGAGUCACUCACAGGCAGGCACAGAUUGCAAAUGAGUCCAAACCUGCAGUGAUUAUACUGUAAUGCACUCUCAGCUACCUGGUGUUAUCUCAGAGCAGCUUCAUUCACUCGGUCUCCGUCUCCCACAGAAGCAAUUGGAUAUAAAAUUAGCCCGUACACUCCACUUACUUUACAACAGAGCUCCGGUUUACAGCGGAUUCACACAGUCAAAUUUAUGAUCAGCUUUAUGUCGCUGUCGUCUGUUUUUCCCCUUCUGAGGCUCGCUCCAGAGGACCGAAGGUGUGACACGCGUGGGUGUUCGGUAUUGUUUUAUGUCCCUGGAGGGUGGCCUGGUCAACAGCAGUAAGACACAUGCUGCUGUGUUUAGGGAGAAAAACAGGAAUUUGUUCCUUGUGGACUGCAUGCUAAGAUAGCAAAAUACAGGAAGGUAACACAAUUAAUGUUUGUAGAAGUAGGAAAAUUGAAGCAACAUCUAGUGGACAGACUCUAGGUUGAAAUGCUCCUUCGCUCACCCCUACCACAGGCCAAAUGUCGGUACCUUUGGAGGACAAUAAGCUCAUGAUCACCCAUGUUUAAUUCCUUUGUGCACUUUAUUUUCUUCAUCUUCUGACUGGUGCAUUUCAUGCUAAAUACAAAAACGUGUAUGUUACUAGUUUGUCCAUUGUGUGUUACUGUAGAAACAUGGCAGACUGUGUGGAACUGGCCCCAUCCCGUGAAGAAAAAAGGCUCUAGAUUCAAUGUUUGUUAUAUUUUGUUUGCAAUAAUUUUAACAUAUCUUAUAACGACUAAGUAUGUUCUACUUAAUGCCUUUUGUAUCAUAUUUGAUACAUACUUUUCAAAUCAAAUCAAUGUGAUCAACAAAUUACUAAAAAAACACCUGAAUACAGUCCGAUAAAUUUUAAAAAUGGUCUCUUAAUGAGAUAAAUAAAUAUAUUUGUUAAAUUUUAAGGACAUUUAAAAUUUUUGGUUUUCAGUCAAAAGUGAAAUAAACAUUUCAGCUCCAAAAAAAUUAAAUUUUCUGACCAUAAUUGAGGUUUCAGGCAUUAAAGGGUUGGAAACUGCCCCUUUAAUUCUGCAAGAAUAGACCAAUAACCAGGUACCAUGUUAGGAGUUGGAUUUUUAACUGUCUAAACAGAUUGUAGUUGCUCAGCUAAAGUUUUUACUAUAGACACAAAGCUACCGCCAACGGAAAGUUAGCAUAGCUUUGAGUAAAGACUGCGAAACCAGUCAAAGAUUCAUCAUUUUUACUUGUUGGUUUCAGAGAGAAUUGUAGUUAAACAUAUAUGCAAAAUACGGUAUUUCUUCUGUUUUGGUACAAACUUUGAUUUAGCCAAACUUUAUACUACGACAUGCUAACUGGAAAUAGUUCGUCAUUUACAAGAGUAAAAUCAAACCUUCUCAUGACCGUUUUUUCCACGUGUUGUCCUUCUUCUAGUUUAAGUGUCUCAGGCGCUAAUAUCAAACUAGCAGGCGUCUCAUCCCGCAUCCUCCCUCUGCCUGAUAAGAAACUGGAGAAGAGGGGAUAAUAUAACCGCCUCAGACAGCAGCUCUCCUCCGCUUCCCCUCCAGUUGAAUACACAAUCAAUACAACAAUGAAUUAAUAAUGAAAGAUGUAGAACAACAACCCUGCAUGGGCCAUCUUGAUUCCAGCCCCUUAAUGCUUCAGUCACUCCCUGUUUGGGGUGAUAAUGACGGUAGAAACAGGGUGUUAUACGUUUGGCUGUUGGGAAAAACUAUAAAUCGGAGUCAGUUUUGUCGAACGUGCAGGUAAAACAACUCCUGCGACUUGUUAGGGCAUGGGGUGCAUGGGGAUGUGUUAGCGAUACAUCGACCUGUUGUUUCUCUAAAGGUGUAAGAAAUCACACCUCUCACUCUUCAAUUGUUCUGUAACUGUAUCUUCAGCUGCAUUUGAGUUGCAGGAGGGCAAUCGAGAGCACAGAGAGAGGACUUCCUGUUUUCAUGAGCGUUUCUACCGUUACCGCCAACUUUUGGCUAAUUGCGGAACAGGCAUAGAGGUGAAGUCAAGGUCAUGGCCUAACAAACAGCCACAGUGAGCCAUGCCUCCGAUUACGCAUAACUAAUAGCCUUAAUAUACGGUGACAAUGUUCUGAAUCCCUAAAGACAGGACACGACUAUGCAGGGGCGGAGUUACGGAGUCGCGUGUAGUUAAUUUUGAGAGUUUUCCGGGUUGGAUCGAGUGUUUUUUAUGCGCUUCUAACUCAAUAAGUCCACGCGACACAAACUAAAAACUUCCAUACAAAACCCUGGACAUUUGAAGGAUUUUAUAAACUCCCUCAGACAAAGCCGGACAAGGCCAGACAGCUUCCAAAAAAGAGGACAUAUCCGGGUAAAAGAGGGCGAUGGUCACCCUACUUCAUAUAAUACAAAUGGGUGUGUUAUCGUCAGCUAAGUUAGAACAUUCACAGGGCUGCCAUUUACCUCUGAAAGUGAAAAUCUCACCUUAGCAUCAGGUCGACCUAUCAUACAGUCCACCUGCCACCUGUCAUUCAAGUUAGCCGUCGUUAAGAAUAACUCGUAUCCUCAAGAUCUUAAGAAUGAAUUAAUAAUUAAUGAACAAUAUAUUCAAAUGUUGUUCAGACCAAAAUUAUUGUUGUACCAGUUUGUAAACAUGUUCAAUUAUGCUUUAAAAAUGGGCUUUUUAGAGUGAGUGUGUAUGUGGCUUCUGAGGCUUUUGUAGACAGCCUCAAGUGGACAUUUGAGGAACUGCAGUUUGUGGAACUUCUGUAUUAGCUUUAAUGCUUUAGACUGGAGGAUGCUGCUUAGUCACAUCAUACAUCAUCCGAACAAAAAUUGCCCACAGACCCCUGGUUUUGAAAGAAGGAUGUCUGUACAUAAUGGUGCGUUCAAGUUACCUCGAAAGUCAGAUGACGGAGCUGAAAAAUGACGUCACACCUGAGUUACCAGGUCGGAAAAAAGCAAAAUCAGAGAUGGAAACAAGAUCGCUACAUCUACGAAAGUUAUUUUAGCACUUUCCUUGUCCUUGUUAUAUUCAGACAAAGCAAGUGCUAAAAUAACUUUCGUAGAUGUAGCCAUCUUGUUUCCACCUCCGAUUUUUCUUUUUUCCAACUUGGUAACUGAAGCGCUGGAAACUCGAGUGUGACUUUCAGUUCCGACAUCUGACUUCCAACACUUUCCUUCAAGCUCAACUCUUCCGAAAAGUUUCUUAUGUUAAAUAAAACUAUUUAAAACUUACAGUAAAGUAAGGAAACGGUCAACAAUUGUACCCCUUUUUCAGUGUUUUUCUCCUAAGGCCAAACAGGUGCUAAUUAAGGGGCCUUAUGGUCUUCAUUUAUGCUUGGCUAGGCGCCCCGAAUUGCUGUACAAGCAGCUAAAGUCUGGACAGGCUGGCUGCUGUGGGACACCCAGCUGUCUAACGGAGUGGGAGGCCUCAAACUCAAGGAGGAGCCAAAAGCAUCUGCUCGGAUGGACACCAUCCAGAAAUUAAUGGGAAGGAAACCCCACAACUCCUGGGGGUUAAGUACCAUGAUGUAUGAUGAUAAAACGAGGAGAAAAAGAGCAGGAGAAAUAUGAUUAAAUCAAAGAGGUGAGGAAAGGUAAUGGAGCCGUGGCACUACAGGGCAUUACGCCUGUUUUUAUUUGGAUGUAGGAACAUUUAAUUAUAACCCCCCUCACCCUCUGAAAUGAGUCUUGUCUUGUUGAUUUUCCACUGACAAACCCAGAGCAAGCAGGGGUUACAGAUCCCUAAGGCGCGUCUGCUCUCACUGCUGACGUCAGUGGGACACCUCUGCUCAGUCAGGUGGCCUGUCAAUACUACACCUUCAGCCGCUAAAUGUCAGUGUUACAGAAAAUCCAACCAACAGCCUUUCCCACUCACUGUAAAGUGAUAUUAUACCGCUGAUGAUGUGAAUAAUCUCAAUGACUUUCAUACUAUUACAGUGAUGUAAUUCCGCUGCCUCUCACAGGAUUAUAAAGCUGUAAUGUUGUUACUAAAGGUUGAUCCUCUAGUAAUCUGGUGUGAGAGGACAGGGGCCCAGAUUGGAGAGCGCUGCGCUUCGUUGAGUCGGAAAAAUCAGAAAACUGCACUUUCUUUCAGUCGCUUUUAAAAAUAAAACAAAACAAACAACCGUCUGACCAUUUUUCAGAGAGCUGCCGCAGCCUUUUCUCUGUUUUUAGGUGGGUGGCGACCAGUGUAAGGAGCCGCUACCUCCCUCUUAUCAUAAACCAACAUUUCAUUUUUUAAAAAGACAAUUAUUGUCAAUACCAGUAUAAUGUGAGAGCUCUUAUUUGAUCUAUUUUAAAAGUCACAUUUUGAUGAUUUCAAUCUUUUUUGCGUAUUUGUGGACAGGGUUACCAUUUUAAAGAUACUGGUGAAAUACCACUGACUAAGUGCUGUUUAAUGGUAGAUUUGUGACAGCCAUUCAGCCAUGUUGAUGUGUCUGUUUCUGACAUCCAGGUUGAAUUAAGAUGCCGCAUCUCGCCCAUCGGCUACACUCUCCUUAUCCUCCACUCAUCCUUGUCGGUUAAUGCGUUUUCAUUGUAUCAGGGACAUCUUCUUUCUUCGGGAGCUUUGCAUAGUUCUUGCAUCGAGAUUGUUCGCUGGCGUAAUGUUUGAACUCUGCCCUUCUAAAAGGACAGCAGAGCUGGACGGAUGUGCAUGCAAGUUCAUCUGGGCGUGCAAGUCUUCUGGCUACAUGGAUAAGCUUAAGGAUCAUGUCUAAGCUCCUGAAAGGCUUCCAUGGUCACCUCUGCUUUAUAUUAGUCCUGCUUUAUCUCCACACUGUCACUGAAUCUCGAUAGAGGUCUUAUUUUGUUGCUCCUGCUACAAAAGAAACCACUAUCUCCUGCAAAUAUUCUGUUAAAACCCCAUUUAUUAACUUAUUUAAAUCAAAAUUGUGAACUGAACACAAUCUUUUAAAAGAUGUGACGUGGCUACAUUUGUUUUUUAGUGCUUGCAUUGUUCAAACCAACUUGUAGAAACAGAAACAGAUUAAAAAAACAGCUCAUUAUCUGAGUUGUCGUUGUCCGGGUCGUGGGGGCAGCAGCUUCAGGAGGGAAGUCUAGACGGCCCUCGCCCCGGCCACUUCCACCAGCUCCUCCGGGGGGAUUCCCAGGCGCUCCCAGGCCAGGUGAGAGAUAUAAUCCCUCCACCUGGUCCUGGGCCGGCCACGAGCUCUCCUCCCAGUGGGACAUGUCUGGAACACCUCUAACGGGAGGCGUCCAGAAGGCGUCCUAACCAGAUGCCCGAGCCACCUCAGCUGACUCCUCUCGACGUGGAGGAGCAGCGGUUCUACUCUAAACGCCUCCCGAGUGUCCGAGCUCCUUACCCUAUCUCUAAGGCUGAGGCCGGUCACCCUGCGAAGGAAACCCAUUUCGGCCGCUUGUAUCCUUGUAUAAAGAUUAGACUGACUCUGAUUGGUAAGGAUGCGUCAUUUGAGAAGACCUGGAACCCCUAUCUGUCCUAUGUUAACAGCACAAGAUGUCCGAUCACUGUGAAUUGAGUACUAUAACGCUGAACCCCUUUUUCUUUUGUUUUUUUUGUUUGUUUGUAAAAAAAAAUUUCUCUCUCUUUGUAUGUCUAUCCGCAAAGGCUGGAAUAUCCCUUUAACCAACUGGUAACGGAAAUAUACUGUAAAUUAGUACAGUGUUCAAGUUCACUGAAAAAUGUUGUUUUUAGUUGUCUUUGACUUGCAUAAGUGACUGUGAAUGAAACGUCCUGUUCUCUAAAUCCGUCUGUGAUACUGUCCCAUCCUCUGGGCCUGAGUAGGAACAUACAGCUCAAUGAUUAUCAGCCUGACAUUCACUAUUCGUUUAGAAAUGCAUCAAAGGAGGACUUUACUUUGAGGAUGUUUUUAACUGAAUCUCCUUUUGUAGCCUAUAGGCAAUUACCCAGAUGUAUCCAGAGUCAACUCCAUAAUGCUGAGGCUAACAUUAGCACCGUCUGACUGCUCUGUUUGAAAGCCCGGAGCCCCUGCUGGUGGGGUGCUCCUCUCUUUGCCGGCCUGGCCUUUAGACCCACAAAGAAAGGAGGAUGAAAGGAGAGAGCACUCCGCUUCCUGGGGCACCACUAUCUCCUGCUUUCUGUGAUAAUCCGGUCUUUACGCCUGCGGGCCUUGAUGGCCGCUAUGAUGCGUCUGCCCGUACUCCCGGCCAAAUUAUGACCCUGUCUUUGUGCUGCGUGCAUUUCCAAACAUACUCUUCAUUUUCUGUCUUUUUUUCACCAUGCCAUUUAAACACCAUAUGUCCACUUUGGCUUAGAUGCUAAAUAUCGCCUGGAGAGUUGGAAGCAGAAGAAAAAGAGGAGGCUAUUGUCAUGAGAAAAGAAGGGAAAAAAGGCUUUCCUUUCAGUCUCACAAGGAAAACCCAAGCUAAUGUGAGCGCUUUAGCUGCCUCAGAAAGAGAGUUUUUGAUCUAUCCUGCUACCAAAACAAUGGGUGCUUUUCUUGUACUGCGUUCUAGUGGACUGUAUCCUACCUCUAUUACAUAACGGAGAAAUGAAACGGAGGUAAUUUCUCAGCAAAACAACCGGCAGUGCGCUGGAAAACAGUGAGGUCAGUUUGCCCCGAAGCAAGGCAGGACCGGAGCAGCAGUUAUUAAUAAGAGAAGUACAGGAAAAAGAGAGCGUUGCACUCGCCUGGUCUCCUCAGGGAGAUAAAUAUAGUAAACCAGCUCCUAUACACCUGGAGAACAUGCCACACCAGCAGUAUUUUUGUGUGUUUGUGAGUGUGUAAGGGGGUUAAAGUGAAAGCUAAAUGGACAGAGAAAAUAAUAGCCUCUCAGUGGUGUCAGUUAUUGUUCUUUCUGCCAAGUUCAAAAACCACAAAAGAUGCUGAGCUAUAUUUAUUCGUCAUAGAAAGUCUGGUAAUGUAACUGUUGGGCUAUAGAACUGACAAACAAUCCAAAUACAUGAGGGUUUAAAUUUGUGACGCAAGUGCCAGAUGAUAUUUCAGAGAGCGCUGGAGCUAUUUCAUUAACAAGACGAAUUAUGUCAAGUGUUAAAUGAGACUCAGUACUAAACAUCUAAUACUGAAACUGGAAAUUUUAAUUGUUUUAUGAAAAAUAUCUGCUCAGAAAAUGCCAUCCAUAGCAUCAUGCUUUAUAACAGAAAGGAAUUGUUUUUAGCUGAAUGUAGGGCUCGGCGAUAAAUCGAAAAUUUACAGAUACCAAAAUUUACGACAUGACAAAAAUUUACGACAAAAAUGUGUUGUUAAAGCUCCUGUGUGGAUCUUUUGGUUUGUGUCGACUUUGGCGCCCCCUGUGGACACAGCAGUCAUUGCUUAUCUUGUCCUUAUACAUGUUGAUGUAGUGCCUCCUGAAAAGACCUUUCAACCUGAUGAUAUUUGUCAUCAAAUGUAGGGCUGGGCGAUAAACCCCAAAUUUACAGAUACUGAAAUUUACAACAAUAAUCAACUUCAUUUUGCCCAUAUCAGUAUAUUCGGUGUCAAAAAAUACACAAAUAAAAGCUGGUUUUGGUUGUGUGUAAGUAGGCUAUGGUCUCAUGUCCCUUUAAGAGACGUGACUCCACCCCAUCCAGUCUGUAACAAAGAGGGAAAGACAGGUGAGGAGAUGGAGGACGGUUCAAAAGUUGUAUCGGCUGAAGUAGACAAAGUUAACGUGGGAGGGGGUGAGCAGCUUGUGGAGUAGUUAUUGUCCAUUUAUUGUUAUUGAGGUGAACUGAUCAAUAUAUCGUGAUAUUGAUUUGAGGCCAUAUCGCCCAGCACUAGCCGAAUGCCAAAAAACACAGAGUUUCCUCUCCUAAAGAAUCACAUUAGAGGAGAGGUAAAUUUAGUGAAAGGUUCACCAUUGUGUGAGAGGCUGUGUGAGAGUGCAAGGAACAACAAUUUGAUGAACCUUCAUGACAACUCCUUAAUGGAGACAUAAUAUCUAGAGCUCCCCCUACUGACAGGGUGCAGUAUAGGUCACAUUAUCUGCCUUCUCCAUAAAAACAGAUAAGAACAAGACUUAAACUUUAAAUUUAAAAGCAGGUUUUAAAAAUUUUUCUCAGUAAUCAUCAUUAGUCCAUACUUUGCUCAUUAAUUCCCAAGUUUUUACUUUUCUUAUUAAAUUAAAUGCAUUAAAAAGAGGCAUAAAGCUGUGAUUGACAGCUCUGUUGACAGAUCUGUCUCCUGUGUGCAUCAGAUUAGCAGAAUACAACAAGGAAAGGUCCAGACACACCAUCCAUCAUAAUGACAAAAAAAGAACGAAUUUCUGCAUUUAAUUAUGACUUAUUUAUGUAUUUAUUUUUUUAACGCUCUUUACAGCAGACACGUUGACAUGUGGAAAAAAGGAGUUUAAAAUACCUCCUGCUGACUAAGUUCAUAUCAUGUGAAUCAUGUUAUCAAUUACACCUGUGCUUUAUCUGACACAUGUCAAACUGCCUGCUUGUAAUGAAGCCUAAUAUAGCUCAGUAGUGAGUUUUAACUUCUCUUUGGUCCCUGCUGCGCUCACAGUUUUCAGCUCGUCACGGCCUCAAAGCUUUUUAGCCAUCUCCCCUUUAAUCACAGAAAAACUCAAACUCUUUCAUCCCCGAAGUGAUAAAGAAACAGUGACAGCAUCCUCCGCCACUCUGUGGAGUGUUUGUUGUUUCGCUAAGUCACCACGAGAGAUGGUUUCGCCGAGGCGUUACUAUGGAAACCACACUCUCUGUGUCCUCAAAACCGAGCAGUAGACAGGACAAGAUGUUUACAUGCUUCGGUGUGACAGAUUAUAUCAGGGUAGGUUUUUUUUCACUCGUAUCUGGGAAUGCUUUAGGAAAUAUCUUAUGGAUUGUUAAAUGACUUGGUUUGAGUUUAAAUAUGGGAUAUUUUGUUGCCUCUCUAUCUCGGCUUUCCUGCUGGGUAAGAUUUUUUUUAUUUAUUUUUUUUUAAUAACUUUAAAUCAAUGGAUGAAUAAAAAUUUCUGAUUGAGUUUUCUGGUAUUUAAUUCAAAAUGAGUCCACAUGCAUGCAGAAUUGCCCUGACAGGAGAUUCAGAGAUUUUUUCUUUUUUACUGUAUUAGAGUAUUUCAGUUUUAUUACACCUGGAGAGGAAAAAGCCUCUCAGUAUAGUCAGUAUAGAUUAUCUGACAAUACUUGGCCUGGAGGUGAGCUCUAUUUUCUGCAUGGAGGAAAAACUUGUACGUGGGCUGAGGUCACCAAGAGAGACAGUUCAGGGGUUCUUGACUGAUAAAGCUGCAUGUCUGAAGUACAUUAGACAGAAUAAAACUGCAUACUUGCUUAUCCUUCUUAGUAGCCUUCUACACAAACUCUGAAUUCAGAUGUUGGUUUGUCCUUGCUGUAGAUUUAAAGUGGAAUAAAGGUGGUAUUAAGUAAAAACUUAAAGUAGAGACAUACUUUAUCUUUAAAGUGACUUUUGAAGCUAAGUGAAAGAUUAAAAAACACAGUUGACCCUGUCCCUGAAAUUACCUUUAUCAUCUAGUUCUUGGUCUCAAUGUUGCCUAGGAGUCAGGUUAGCUAGCUGUGCGCUCACUUGCAUCCCUUGUUGUUGAAUAAUUUUAGAUGAUUUUAGUGUUUUAAUUAUGCUGAAUUGACUAUAAGCAGUUAAUAUUUGACCCACACUGAUAGAUUUUAGCACAGAUUUAAUUAAAUCACUGUAAUACCGAGAGAAAUUCAAAACGUGACAUUUUUCAGGGGGGAUUUGGAGGUAUAUGGAGCGUUUUUUUCCCAUGACACUUAAGGGGAUUAUUUGACGCCAAUACGCUAUAGGUAUUCAACAAAGUAACAUCCACGUAAAAACUGAACCCACAAAUAUGUGUUUUAUGUCAAUGUGUUAAAAUUUGACCGAGUUAUUUUGCUGCAACGGAGACGCUACAUGUGUCAAGUACCACAAUUGGCUCUUUAAGCUAGCCGUUAGCCACACUUUAAACUGGUUUAAAAUCGCUCAUCGUGGCUAAGAAGACGAUCAUUUCUGCCUUUCAAAAAGAUAAAAUUUGUUACUUAUUUAUCUACAAAAUUGAAUUUCUUCAAACGUAUUUCUUUAUUUUAAAAAAAGGCCUUAUAUUUACAUCUGGAAUUAAACGUGAAGUUGAAAUAUGAAGAUAUUACGGUUGAUUUUAUGGUUUUACGCUCAUAGAAAGGAAAAUGUUUUUCUACAUUGUAUGGUUGUCAGCAGGUAUAACCCUUUUGGAUCUCUUUUUCUGUCUUAAUGUUUAGUUUUGACCAGGAGAUAGCAGGUUAAAGAGAGAAAUCUCAUCUGAUUGUUAAGAGAUGCCGAGAAACUGCUAAAAAGAAAUGUGCGUCAACGGAUGAGAUGACUUUUUAAUUAACAGCCUGCUUCUGAAUAUCUGUAUUAGCACCUUCCACUGUACAGCAGCUCUUUUGAUAUCUUUCUGUUAAUUGUUUAUCACUUCUACACAUGGAAACUAUGGGAAUACUCUGAACUGAAGAUGCCGUGGUUGCACAUAUGCAAAAAAUAGCAGAAGUGACACAUCCAUGUAAAGAAGUGAUAUGUUUUUUUUUCCGCUUGUGUCAGUCCUACAGAAGCUCAACUCAAAGCAAGGCUCCAAAUCAGAGGAAUCAUGAAAAAUACAGUCAAAAAUCUAUCCUCCAUCAUAACAUUAACCUCUAAUCAUGUUUAAACUGAUUUGUUUUUGCAGUGAAGUCAUCAUUCUCAAAUUUACAGGCUAUGACCUGUAAAAAUGCAUCAUCCCCCACUUUGCACUGACAUUCGUAUUUCUCCCACAGCCGGGUUAAUGGUGUCCUCCUGUCUUGCAGGGGCGUGGUGCGCGUUGACAUUAAUCUACAGGAUGUUGAUAUCGACCAGUGCUCCACUGACGGCUGGUUUGCUGGAACCCAUCGAUGCAACCUGACCACUAUGGAGGUGAGUGUGCAGAACACGUGGAUUAGACAGAAGAUUGAUUCGCUCUGGAAAAGUGAUCUGUAAGGAACAUGCGCUCAGUCACAUCUUCACCGGGCACUAAACGGAAAAGCAGUAAAUCUGGACAUGUCACCGUGAAGGGACCUGAUUCUUCUUUAGUGGUAGUUUUACAACCCAUCACCGGUGUGUAAACCAAACACUGUGAGCUUUAUGUGGAAACAUAAAAAGCAGAAUUAGUUCGACUCUUUUCUAAAGCAGAUUACUGUCGAUGCAAAGAGUGACAGCAACAGACAGGACUUGCUUUUAUUCUGUUAAACACACAAUACCUUUAACAACUGCUUUUGUGUACAUGCAUUUGUACUACAGUGUGCCAAGAUGUGCCAAAAGCUUGUCUAUCUAUCCAUUUCGUUGUUGUUGUAGACAUUAAGGUUUUAACAAAGAUACAGUAGAGACUUGUCUCGGUUAUUUAGAGUCUUCUCACAGGGUCAGAGCAUAUAUUUAACUUAGUGGAAGUGAUGGGCACAGGGCUGGAGAGCUGAAAACGUGUGCAGCAUUGGCAGAGGAGAAAAUAGCCCAGCUAUAUUCAUACUGCUGAAAAAUAGCCUGUCUGAAGGCCUUGGAACAUGUGGGCAGAGCUCUUGGACAAGAUGGUGAAACUCUCAGUGCUUCGCUAUUUUUAAAGAGGACAUCAAUAUUUAAGCCUCACUUUACAUUCAGUGGAAAACUGUCAUUUGUUUAAUCUAAUCAUAAAGACGCAAAUUACCAGCUGAUAAAAGAAAAAAAAUUGGGAUUUUUUGCAGCUGUUUUGCGUAGACAGCAGAAACAUAUUAAAAGCACAACUAUAGACUGUAUAUAUAUAUAUAAAAAUAAAUAAAUAAAAGUUGGUUUUGGAUGUGUGUAGGUAGGCUAUGGUCUCAUGUCCCUUUAAGACGCUGUCCUAUGUCGGAGACGUGACUCCACCCCAUCCAGUCCGUAACAAAGAGGAAAAGACAGGUGAGGAGAUGGAGGACGGUUCAAAAGUUGUAGCGGCUGAAGUAGACUAAUUUUAUGUUGGAGGGGGUGAGCAGCUUGUGGAGUAGUUAUCGUCCAUUUAUCGUUAUCGAGGUGAGCUGCUCAUUAUAUCGUGAUUUUGGUUUAAGGCCAUAUCGCCCAGCCCAACACAUGACUAUUAUUCUUCUCGUUAUUAUGGGCCCUAAAUGAUGGUCAUAUGCUGUGUCUAAGUUGUAGCAAAGCCACUUGUCUCUACCUGAUGUUGUAGCUCAUGUUAAGGACCAUAAUUCUCUACUACCUGGAUGUAAAUGAGCCCAGAUGAUAGAUGUGCAAACACUUUCUUUACGGAUGCAUUCUUUGUCUUUGUCACUGCUGCUUUGCUUAUCUUCCCAAAAGGUAAAAACAUGAGUGAAGAAAUUUCUCUCAAACUUGUGAAUGUUUGCAAAACAACAUCUUGAUUGGCUGAAACUUUUGACACUAACUCUGCACUGAUUAACCGGCGAACCCUGCAGCUCGCCCUCUGGUUGAUGCUUCUUCUUACCCCUCGAGCUCGGCCUCGUCGUUAAGAGCGAUAGAUAGAUUUUGAAGAGGUGCUGUAGAUCAGACUGCUUCAUAAUGCAUGUGAUGUAAUGGAUUGCAGUGAGCCUCUUUGAAUAAUUAAUCACUCUCUUUGUCUGAGUACUUCCACCUCUGUGUGGACAGUCAAUGCCCGAGACAUUUGACAUAGUGUGUGUGUGAGAGCAUGUGUGUGUGUAGGUUGUGUACAAGAGGAGAAAUACAUUGUUAGUGUUAUAGAUUCCAGCUGUCUGCAGAAUAAUGAUCUCUGCGUGCUUACAGAGCAGGAGUUGUGUUAGCCGAAUGCUUGUUUACAGCAGGAUGAUGAAAUCCGGUGUGGUCUUGAUAUGUUGCAGGACGCGUCCUGUCUCGUACGGCAGCUUUAUCAUACAACGGUGUCUCAUUACUAUCAUAUCUUUGGGAUAAACAGCAUGCAUAGGGAGAGGAAUGGAGGUAGGAGCAUAAAUGCAGAGACAGCAAUGAUUUUAACCACCUUGUUAUCUCUGGAGAAUGUGCACCCCAGAGUUUGGCUCGUAACUCAUAAGAUCCCUCCGUAUAAUAGCAGUCUUGUGCGGAGAGGAAUUACAGCAAGCCAGCUGGGUAUCUGUUACAGUUAACAACCUACCAUCCCGGGUUUAAAGUGCACCACCAGGUAAAUCAGAGAUGACGUGGGAGGCUGAUGUCUCUCCAGCUAUGAAUAGAAAUCUCAGCCAGAGUGCAAUAAAGUCUUGUCGAGCUGUGUGUGUGUGUGUGUGUGUGUGGUAAUGUGAUUAAAACAGCAUUUGGAGGGAUGCCCCAUUUGUGCAAACAGGGAUUCAUUUUGUGUUAUUGCCGUGUUUCGUUGCAGGUAUUCCCUCCGCACGAGCAGCAAAUUGUCAUUUAAUGGGUUUCUUUCGGGUGGUUUGAAUAAGAGAGACAUAAUACGGGGCGCUGUAAAUCCACAGUAGCAGCGUUUUUCUCUUAUUAGAGGCGAGGUACUUGGUUUAGACGGUGUUGGAGUGGAGUAAUUUAGUAAAAUGUUUCAUUGUCAUGGUCACAUAUCCAAUUCUCAGACGCUGUAUGAUUCCACUGCACUCUAAAUUUAGUAUUUCUUUAAUAGUUUUUUAUGUAUUUAAAGCUCCUCUGAUGAGUUUUAGUGAUCUGUUGAAUUAAUUGAAAUUAAUACUGAUUGCGCUCUGUGUCCCAUAAAGGAAAACUAGGCCAUUUUGGUUGAACAUUGACUGUUUCUUCAUGGUUAUUUUAAUGCGUGUGAUCGCUGCCACUGGGUAGGUGUCAGAGGAAGCAAUUAACAGCUUUUUUUCAUUUUCAUUUUCAACAGCAUUCGACUGUUACAGACAGCAGGGUUUUUUUUUUUUACUGUCAGAAAACACAGCUCGGCAUGUAAAAGACGAUAUCCUUUAAAGGGGCCAAAAAUAAAACGUCACAGAAUUAGAUUUAACUGACACAAUUAAGUAUAAAACAGACAGAUGCAGGAAUUACAAACUAGAGCACAGCAAAGGAAAGACAAUUAAAAAAAAAUCUGAUUAAUCAGUCUACUGUUAGAGAGGAAAAGCUUGAGCACUCCAUUUUUUUAUUUAUUUUUUUAAUAUGGAAAGAAUGACUCUCUCUUUAACUCUUUUUUUAAUAUUACACAACUUUUUCAGUGUUUUGUUGUUUUUGCCAACUUUUUUGAAGCGUGUUACAAGAAUUAAAACUGUAAAUGGUACGAAAGAGGAUUUGGGCCACAUGGAGAAAAAAUAAUGAUUACAGGAAGGAGAUUUAAGUCGAAAUUUUGAGAUUUAAAAAAAAAAAAAUCAAAAUUAUGUCAAUUAAGUCUAAAUUUCUAGAAUAAAAAUUGAUAUUUCGAGAUUAAAGUCGAAAUUUAGAGAUUACGAAAUGUUGUGAAUAACAACGGGAAAAAUUUUGAAAUUUUGAGAUUAAAAAAUCUCGAUGCGAGAAACAAUUUCAAGGUGAAAAUAAAUCUUAAAAUUGAAAAAUUAGAAUCAGUAUAAGGGGCUUUAUAUGUGACAUGUCUUUCCACCAGAGAUUGUGCGAGCAGUACUGUAUAUCGUGACGGAGACUGCCUUCUGUCACUGUGGGGUGUUUCCACAUUCUGUUUGGCAAGCACAACAUCCUCAGGAUUUAUCCAACAUCCAUAAAGUCCCUUUUUCACACGUCCACCCUUGUUCCCCUGCUCCUCAGCAGCCUUUUAAGUGCCUCCAUUCUACCAAUUGAAUUUGAUAAAAUGCAUUCGUACCACCCAGCCAGCAGCCAGCCAGCCAGCCAGCCAGCCGGCUCCCCAGCCUCCCCUCACAUCCUGCCUCUCAAGCUGCUGUUUGCCCAGCCAAGCAUGAGGCAGCCCAAACUCAGAUGGAGGCAGCUGCUAUGGAUGACUGAUUCAGCAGGCAGGCAUGGGGAGGCGAAACGAAAUGAGGCUCGGACUGUUGACAAGGAAAACACAACAACACAACAGCGUCAGAAACCUGUGCUCAUGUGAGGGAGAUGAUGUUUCAAAACUGAACAGUGGGGCUUAAAUCUUACUUCUCUUUCUCUAUAAAAGUUGACUCAAUAGUAAAACCUUCGCUACUGAUUAAUUCCCUCUAAAGCGCGGUGUUUUUAAAAUGAACGACGGAGGAAGUGUCACUCUGAUCAUUUUUCUUUUUACUACUUAAAGUGUUCUCAGUGGUCUUUAAGUUGUGAUUCUGAAGUUUUUAGCCAAAAUCACGUUACCUGUGCCAUUUUAAGGGCUUUUCUUCUGCAGAGCUCCAGUAGCUCAUUAGCAAUUCACCUUUGAGUCGUGGGCGGAGUCAGCGCUGCUCUGCACACUCCUCUUCACGUUAGCUAGCAGCCUAACAUUGCAGAUGUAGUAGAAGAAGCAGGUAACAUAGAGACUAUUUUGCUCUUGGACACUAAUGUCUUUAGGGGCAUGAUGAAAGCUAAUAUAAUAGGGUGACUAUGUGUCCUCUUUUACCCGGACAUGUCCUCAUUUUUAGGGGCUGUCUGGCCUUGUCCACCUUUGUCUGGGGAAGUUUAUAAAAUCCUUCAAAUGUCCGGGGUUUUGUACGAAAGUUUUGAUUUUGUGUCACAUGGACGUACUGAGUUAGAAGUGCAAAAAAGACACUCGAUCCGACCUAAAAAACUCUCAAAAUUAACUUGGUGCGACUCUGUGACUCCGCCCCCACGUAAUUGUGUCCUCUUCUUGGGAAGUUAGAAUAUGGUCACCCUACUUUAUAGUUUGCUUUCUUACGAACAUAGCAAUCCACUAACACACAUGCUAGUUCCGCAAUUGCCCUCUCUACUUCUCCAAGUCUUGCCUGCAGAGUGGGGCUCUGGGGGCGGAGCUUGGAGUUGUGAUGUAAGAAAUCUCACUGCAUCUGAACCAGAUUCAGAGAUUUUUGAAUGCAGAAAUAUCCAGAAAUGCAAUUUUGCAGUUUCAGUUUUAUUUGUCCUGUAGCAUCAGAAAAAUGUCAUAUGAACAUGUAGACAACAAGAAAAGAGUGGAUCUUUAAAAUUGUAAAAGCAUAGGGUGCCAAUGGCUAAGAGCUUUUGUUGCAUGUCUUUCCUUACUCUCUACUCCCAACAUUUCCUGCCUCUCUUCAGCUGGCCUCUCUAAUGAGGGCAGAAAAAAUAUAAGUGCCUAAAUCAAGGAAAUCCACAAAUCAUUGAUUAACUUUAAAACUUUCCAUAGAGGGCUAAAUACAGUUUGUCAACGCCAAUUUAAAUAAACUUCUAUGAAAUAAACCAACGCCGCCGCCUUCAGAGUUAACAUAUGGCAAUCAAUAUAAUCAUAAACUCUGACUGCAUAUCUGUCACUGCCUUUAUUGAGCAAAGAGCCAACUCCUUUGAUUUCAUAUAAAGUCGCAGCAGCUCUGACUAAUGCCAAUCAUGCUGAAGUUUGAUGAGUCAAGCACACAUCCCCAAGUUUUUCACCCAGACUCUUGACUUCAUUUCCUGUUUUUAAACUUGCACAUAUUCUGAUUGAGGUCGAUGUUUUCUUCCUCUCAUCCCUCGCUAACAGCGUCGUUUUCAUUAGUGUGUUUCACUCUUCAAAAGUCCAGGACUUUCCCGCCCUGGGGGUACCUUUCAUACGAGCACGCAGCCGUGGAUGAUGAUGAAUGUUUCAAUCAAUUAGCUUAUUGCUCAGAACAAGUGGUGGAGCCCGGGGGGACUGUAGCCCGUGAAAGGCAGUGACACAUAACCUGAAUGAUUACUCCUGCGGGAAAUGACAAGGACUCCUGACUCUGCGCUGUUUCAUGUUGAGAGCUGCUGAGUGAGAGGAGGAGUGAGGGCCGCUGAGCAGAUGUGAACAUUUGCGAACUUGAAAUGGUGUCAAACAUCACAGUGAGACCUCACGUUACAAAACCUGAAUCACUCAACACAAACUUUAGGUGGAUCGUUAAGAUUCAUAACCGCCCUCCGUCCAGUGGGACUCUUCUGUCCUCGUGUUCGUUUUAUUCCCAUCCCACCGAUCAGAUUUGUUCUCUGUAUAUAUUUACAUUAUAUGGAGCUUGUGUGUUGUAUUUCUGCCUCCCUGUGGUGCUCUCUCUGUUGUUAAAUAGCUGGAGUGGGAACCUCGGCUCUGAGGACUGAAUCACUGUAAAAUCUUGACCUUGGCUCACAAGGUCGUCCCGGCCCAGCCGGCUCUAUCAUCUCCAUCACGCGCUAAUUUUUCCUCGGUGUAGCGUGUGCUGCUGAAUUAAUAACGCCAUCAGUGUUAAACAACUGCUGCCUCCCUCCUGCUCACACCUUCUGUCUCUCUCUGGUCCGUCUCUCGCUGUCUCUCCCACUCCUAUUUUUGCAGCACAGGCACAGGAACACCCUCGCUGUCUUCACUUGUGAGCAAAUACAGUGAGUUAGAUUCACUCACAGGAGGCCGAUCCUCAACCAUGACUACUGUGUUUCUGUAAAUGACUUCGCAACCCGCCUCCACCUCCUCCUCGUAUUUAUGAGAGAUGCACCGAUCCAUUUUUUCUGAUCCAAUCUGAUACCGAUACCUGGGCGCGAUAUUUUGUUUGUAGGAUGGUUGGGGAAAGUCCCACCCUCUUCGCCUCUGAUUGGCUAGGAAAGCUGGAAACAUCAUCACAUGCUGAAGCCAAACGCGGGCUGUCGGCUCUGUACAUCGAACAGAACAUUACAGAACACUAUCGCACUUCUGAAUCUCCUAACCCUAACCCUAAUCCCAAUCCUAACCUUAACCCUAACCUGACAAACGAUGACGUUUCACAGCCAUAUAGAAUAACCAAUCAGAGUCCAGCACAUCUAUCCAAUCAGAGGCGAAGGAGGGCGGGAACUUCCCCUACCAUUCUACAAAAAAAAAAAAUUCGCUACCUGGCUCGACAUUAGCCUUGUUAAAAAAAAAGGUAACAAAUUUACAUAGAUAUAAAUUUACUUAAUAUUAUUUAUUAAUAAAUAACAAAUUGCACAUUAGCACACAGCAAAAAGAAGUAAGACUGCCAUGUAAACAUUAAGGGCCUGAUUUACUAAAGGUUUGCGCAUGCAAAAACAUGUGCAGACUUGAUAGCGCUACGCAAACCUGAUCUACUAACCGGGUCUGUCAAAUGGGCAAUCGAUUUAGCGUGUUUGCCUUUAUGAAUAUGCAGAAUGUGUGUAGAUCAUCAGAAAGCGCAAAAUUCUGGGAGGAGCAGAUACAAAUGGAGUCAUUUAGCACCCGCACUGUGAUUUAUCAAACACGGAAAAAAUUAGCCAACAAAAAAAUGUAGAAGGAAGCUAACCCCAAUCGUGACUCUCAGCCUGAGUCAUCGCUGUCAUAUACUGUCCUUGUUAUUUACAUCCUUCGUCUCAAUCAUUACUCACAGCUGCCUAUAACUCACAAAGGUCACGUCUGGUAUCGACAACUAUGAUCAUAUGUGAAGCACGCUACAUGUUUCCAUACAGAGCACCUUUUCUCAGCCUCUUACUCUUGAUCUAAAACAUUUGAGUAAACUGAUCCGGCCCUUAUUAAAGCGGGUCCACUACUGUGCAGCAGGAGCAAUUGAUGGGAUUCAUUUUAGACCUUUAGGAAACUGAUUACCGGCUGAAAUUCAUUAAUCAUUGUGUCACAAAGGAGAUUGAUUUGUUGCUUCAUUUGCACACAAAGGUUAUAGAAAGCAUCUUGUUUUCAUGUACGUCACCUCAUCCUCGAGAAAGGUUCGAAUUUUGCCCAAACUCCUAAAAUGCAAUGAUGCAACCUUUACUUUUUACUCAUAUCGGGGUGGUGACGCAUUCAAAAACACAAUAAAAACUCAUUUUUUUAAGGAUUAUAUCCCUGAAGGGCUCAGAUUUGAAUGUCACGUUGAAAAACAUCCUUUAAACCGAGUCUUAAUUAUUCAUUUGGCAUCAUGCAUGCUCUGCACACUCCCCGAGCGUCUUUGUGACUGGUAUCUGCUGAGUAACAUUUAUCUGCAUGCUCCUCUGACAGCUCCCUCAGCCAAGCGUUCCCUUAACGCUCAUUCAACGAAACUGCUUACCCCGUCAUCGCUGCAUUUUGAAACACAAAAAUAGCAGCCUUUGUAGUAUCUUGGGUAUUCCCCCAUUCUCGUACAAACGCAGGAUCGUAGUAGCGGGGCAGGGAUUCCCCAAAGGGACCCUCCUCGUCUGGUGCACUUUCACUCCAGGCCACAGCCCCCUCUCAACCUGCUGAUCUCGUCUCAGCGAUCUGUGCGCAGAGAGAAGCCUUAAAGCGUCCUAAUUAACCACGUUCCUUUCUAUGUUGCCUAUUAGGACUAUGUGCAGGAGCCUAUAAAUAGGGUAAUUGCUAAUUAUCUACAGUGAUCUCACCAAAGCUGUGAUUAUGCUUCAGAGCUGAUAAGAGUGCUUGAUAGGGGAGGAAAUAGAAUACCACUGUGUGCACCCACAGAUUUAAAUUCACCCUUUAAUUUGAGCAAAUCCUUUUGUGCUUUGUGAAUUACGCACAAGUGUUGUAAUGUAACAGAGACACAAGUCAAACUGAGGAGCUAGAAAUAAAAAAAAGAGUCGAUAAAUGUGGGUUUCUUCCGCUCGAGAGGAAAAGGGAUGAAGGAGAACAGACAGCUAUCUCCAGUUUGGCAGAUGGACCGAGUGUUACAUCUAAGUGAGACUGUUUUUGAAAGUUUUCAGCUCCGGAGGAAGAAGAGUAUACCUUUUUUUUUUUUUUAGUGUGGAGGAGCAUCCAGUGAAAGAUUUUAGCCAAAAUACACAAAAUAUUGUCUCUUGAAUGCCCAACUCUGAUGCUGAUCAUUUAGUGUCCCAGAAAAGAGCCAUUUUGCACGACGUUUAUAAAACUUAAAGAGGAUAAACAGUCUUCAAUAAACGGGACAUUAAGGCCACUUUUAGAUGGAAACGGUCUCCAUAGAAAACGGAAAAGUGCCGUUUCGUUUUCAGUUUUUAUGCUGCGUUUACACAAAAACGCAAUUUGGUUGAAAACGCUGUGUGACUGCGCUCUGAUUCAAGUUGGGUUUCCAUUACCCAUAGAUUUGCGCAAAACCUAAAUAUCGCAAUAGAAAACUGGUAAUGGAAACACCUAAAUUUCGAAAAACCUCUCAAAUAUCGCUAAAAAGUUUUUAUGCUCUCAUGAGGUGGUGUCGAUAUAGAAGUAUAUCGCAAAAGUGUAAUGGAAACACUAUUCUCGCAAUUCUACAUCACCGGACGUGACGUAGCGGGUCAUGUGACCAGUUCAUUUCAGGCAAAGAUGGCGCGGUAUGUGUGGACGGAGGAGGAGACGGAGUUAUUUCUACAAACAAUAAAAGAGAAAAAUCGAUCCUCUCCCAGAAAUCGCUCAUCCGUGUUCGCUCCCAUACAUACGAGCUUUGCCUUUGAAUUAUCACCCGCUGCCUUCGUCUUCUGAUGACAGCAGCGGCAACAGCAGUAAUGGUCACAGAAACAGCUGCUCCAAAACGCAAAAUGUUUUGUAUCUCCUCCAUGUUGGUGUGCAAAAAGGCUUAAGGAAUACGAGGUCGCACGGGCAGGAAGUUUACCUCGUUGCUAGGCAACGGCCAUUCAAACACGGCUCGCGAGAGGCAGACGGCUCGCUUAUGCACUGAACACGAUUCAAUGGAAACACCCGCAAAUCGCAAUUGUACUUUGUCGAAAUUUGAUAAACAUCGCUUUUAUUUUGCGAAAAAAUUUAAUGGAAACGCAGACCAACAACUUCCGUUCUACAAUAAUUAUUUGAUGCAAAUAAUUCAGACGCCUCCUCUGCUGAGCAGUACGAUCCGUGAGGAUUCUGUACAGGUCGAAAUGGAUGUUGCUAGCAUGGUUGUUGUUGUUAUUUUCAAGGAAGCUGCGCAUGGCUAUGAUGUCAUGGUGGAAGGCAGAUGUUGUCCUCAUGGGGGUGUUUACACGCAAAAACUGGGUCACUUGUCAAGUCACAAAAGAACCAUAUCGUGAACCCAGGAUGCUGAACUUUACCUCGAGUUAAGAGCGUAUACGAACAUUCAAACUCAGGAUAGUAGUAAGAAGCUCUUUGUCCCCCCGCCCUGUCUCCUGUGGGAUGUUUGAAAACACCAAUCUUGAGUCCUUUUACACAGUGGGACGAGAGAUCACAGGACACUUUGGUUUUAACUUUGGCCCCCUGCAGCCCUUUCUUAACCACUGUCGCUCUAAUUGGCUCAGUGGUAAAUGCUUGAACUCUGAAUUUACAUGAAAAGGCUUUGAAGACUCGGUGCACUCACCCUUGGGCGCCGUCUUAUAUCUGCUCCGCUCUGCCCAGUCUUCACUGCAAACCGUAAACCGAGCAGAAAGCAAACACUGAAUCCACGGAGGAUGGUAAAAAGUGGGAUGUAGAGGUAACAUUUAUCUAGGCACCCUUGAGAUUGGAUGUGAAAAUGGGUACAGCCGAACGUUUGCAAUUUAUAAAAAUAGAAAAGGAGUAAGAGACUUGGCGGGAAGAUCUUUUUAUGGGAGCGCUGAAGUCCAGAAAAUCAGUGAGAUUUGAGAAAUUCCUCCUUUUUCUGUCCCCUCUCUUAGUCCGUGUCAUGAGUUAAUAAGCUGAGGAAGAUGUCGAGACAUCACUCUUCUCAGCCACUAAAUCUGGUCCUCAUGGGAGAAACCGAGGCCCCUCUUCAGACUCGGAGGGGAACACCAAACCCAUGAGUGUUCUUUGGUCCGAGGGAAGGAUCAGGGGCUCUAGCGUCUCUGGUUCCUUUUGGCUUCACUUUUUGUGGAGCACGUCUUUGGGACAUGAAUCACCCUUCUUCUCCAAGUGAAGAUGACAAGGUUCUUGUUAAAUAAAGUAACGUUGAACUGCGUGAGGGCAGUCGUGUGGAUUGAGUGGACAACAGCAACAAACUUCCCUCUUCAUGAGUCUAUUUAUGUCUCUUUUUGCUGGAGGCUGCUGCGAGGAUGUCAGAAAACUUUGUGCACGCCUGAUCCUUUUUUUUUUUUUUCUUCUGCUCAUUGUCCUCGUUCUCGCAAGAUUCUGCUCUCUGUGUGUGCAUGCGUUUCAUCUUUUCGCAAGACUCUCAGCUGCACGACGCAAGAGUCGACAUUACUGCGCUUUUUGCUGCAAGAACAUGGAAUGAAUCGGUGCCAGCUGGUUCAUUUUGACACUUCCACAAGCUGUCAGUGUUGAUUAUGAAAGCUAUACCCUGGUGCUGUAUGUUGUGUGUUUACUAGUCCCAGCCUGGUGGCAGCGUUCGGCUCCCUCAAGGCCAGAGUGUUUAUCUCACUGGUGUUUAGGCUUCGGUCUUUGGAAGGCACCCAACACGAGGCCCUGCUGUCCGGGCAGCUCCGCUCCGCCUAACUCCAGCUAGUUGACCUCGUUUAAAGGCCUGGCUGGCGAUGUAGCGGCCCCUCUGAGCGGGGGGAGUCACGGCCAGCUCUCUGCAGUGUAUCACGCUUUGUGUGUGUGUGAGUUAGAGUAAUGCACAGGCCUGAAAUUGUGUUCCCAGCCACAUCCAGCACCAAUUUGUUUAGCCUUGUCCGUGCCGACAGCUAAAAAAGCAUGAGCCUGGCCUGAAGCAAAUACAUCGAUGUCAAAAAAAAUGGUCCUUUCUCUUUCUCCCCGUACACAAUAACGCACACAGAGCCAGCUCCCCUUUCAGUCCUGGUCAUUAUGAGGCGUUUAAUAGCCGCUAAACAAAAUGUACAUCGCACCCUUUAUCUUCUAAACGACAGCCAAUUAGCCAGAGGGGUUUGGGAAUGUUUUAUUGGGCUUUCCCUACUUUCACUUUCUUGUGUAAUUUACCUUUCAUAGACCUGAAAUUGGGAUUCUUUUACUGCAUGUAAAGACGAGUUAAAGGGGCUUUCCACUUUUUUUUAUCCCUUGACCACAGAGACCACACUGAGUGAAACUUCAGUGGCCCUCAAGCCUGCAUGUCACUAAAUACAACUUUCUAAUGUGUCUUCGCGUGACCUCCUGUCCCUGGUAAAUAGUGCUAUCUCUCACAGCCUGCAGCGAGAUAACCCUGGUGACUUCCCUGAGUUAUUUUCCAGGUCUUAAAAAAGACCCUCUGGAGUAGGGCUGCAUGAUAUAUUGUUUAAGCAUCAUCAUCGUGAUGUAGUACGUGUGUGCAAUAGUCACAUUGUAGAGCCUGCAAUGUAGGAGGUGAAUGAACUCAUUUAAUUUAGAGAUGGGCACAGCAGUUCUUUUAGAUGUACUGAAUCACUAGAAUCAGUUCACUAAAAAGAUUCGUUCAAAAGAUUCGUUCACCAAAUCACUGAAUCAUGUAGCGCCUGGCAGGAGAAGCCUGUGACUCCGACCUCCUGAACUGAUACACAGCCGAUCAGUUAAAAUAAAAAUGAACUUGUUUAUAAGUCAUGAUGUUUUGUGUAGUUUUGUCCGACAAAAAUGAUUCCAGAGAGUGUAGUUCAAUGCGUGAUUCGUUCGCCAAGUGAUUCAGGUGUCGGUGCAUGCGGUCCCUCGUUCACUGUUUCACUGCUGUUUCUCACUUCAGCUCAACUGAAGUAAGAACCCAAUGAAUCACUUGAGGAAGUGAUUCGGUUUAGUACGUUCACUUAAAAGAUUCGGUUCUUUUGAACGAAUCGUUCACGAACAACACAACACUUAUCCUAUUUCAAGGGUAGCUGAGUUACACUGCAUGUGACUCUGUAUGUGCUGUGCAGCGAUCCACCAAUCACAUUCGUUCUUUACUCAGUUGCCAAUCAGACUACCCUACCAGCCGUCAGUCAAAAUCAGAGAGGAGGGAACCACGCCCCUACACAUGGAGUGAGUCGCUGGCGCUGCCGGUGUUGUGCUGAGAAAUGCAUACCCACUGAGAAUUACUUUCAGAACAUUCCUCAUGACUGUUAAGCCCCACAAAUAUGAACUGUAUGGGUUUAAAUUGUACAUUUCCGUGGACCACUCUACUAUAAGCGGUGUGCGUUUCCGCGAGUUGCCUGCAAUUCUCUGCUGACAUGCGUUUCUCAGCACAACACCGCUAACAACAACAACAAUUGCAAAAUAAGCAACGAACAAGAGAAAACCACCGAAAAUGAAGAUAUGUUGCCAAAAACAAAAGCAACUUCAGUUAUCUGGAAUUAUUUUGCUUACAAGAAAGAUGAUCUCGACCAAACAACGUGUUUUGUGUCCACAGUGCCUUACAUCUGUUGUCACAACGAGAGAUAACAAAUCCCAGCACAAUAAAAGCUAAAAAUAUCUCUAAGACAGACAGAAGGUUCACUGUCCACAAGAUUUCAACGUAAAGUUCUAUUCAGGUCAUCUGGUGUCUAUUCCUGUAUUUUUCAAUAUCGCAAUAUAAAUCGCAGGGUUGAAAAAAAAUUGCAAUGUUAGUUUUUUCUCAUAUCGUGCAGCCCUACUCUGGAGCUUCAAAGACAUAAUACAACUGAGUGGAGUGGAAGCGUACGUGUGCAUGUAUUUCUUUUUAACGAAGCUCGUUAGGCAAAGUGUCAAGCUAAAAAGAAUCACAGCUGGAUUAUUUAGUGAAAUAGAGCAUGUGAUACUCCUCCUCUGUGUUUUAAAUGCUUCCUUUUAAACUCGUCUUCCCCCUGGUGCCUCAUACACAUUCAGAGUGGUCAGUUUAUGCUGUAGCUACAGCUAGUAAAUUACCCCCACACCUAGUCUCCGUUUCGGUGCAUGGUAUAGCUCCAUCUGUAAAUAUUGGGCGUUGAGCUUUCCUCAGGGUUUGCGAUUCUCUCUUCACGAUCAUUACAAAUAUCUACAGAGGCCUAUUAGCGCUUGAUUAGGCUCGGUGCUGGACCGGAAGAGCGUGGGCUUAUUUCAAAGCAACGGAGAGUCCUCGGCAGGCCCUAAUUAGCCGGCAGAAUCCAGCUAGUUCCUGGUCAGGUGGAAGAUGCCUGGCCUUAGCAUCAAUUAGUGCUCCUCUCUGAGUUAUUUAUUCCCCCGCUUCAUGUCACAGAAAGGUGAGGGAGGAGAACUGUUUUGUUCAGCGUAAGGAGAUGAAUGUAAAGUGCGGUUUAUUUUAUGCAGGGAGUGCAACAAUUAUGUAGAUGUGAAGCAGUUAUGCACAGAAGAAAUGUGAAAGAUAAUGUAUAGUGAGCAGGUUGGUAAAACGGAUUGAAACUUAGAGCAGAUGCAAAGAAGUGGAGUCCUGUGGAUGGCAGCGCAUGUUGCUCCAAAAUCCGUGUUUGGCAGUUUCCUAGAUGUUAAAGCUACCAAUGCCACGUCCACUAGGGAUGUCCUGAUACAAUAUUGGUAUAGAGUAUCAGUCUGAUAUCAACAAAAAACAAAUAUCGGAUUAUAUUGGCCUGUAUCUAAAAUCUCAGAUAACAGCACUCCGAUGCCAACAUUUGUUACUAUACUAUGAUAUUUUAUCAUACUGACAUUUUUAUUAUACUAUUCUAUGAUAUUUUUAUUGUACUAUACUAUAACAUUUUUUCAUAACAAAAUUAGAUUUUUUUAUCGUACUAUACUAAGAAAUUUUUUAACAUAUUAUACAUUGAUUUUUUUCAUACCAAAAUUUGAAUGUUUUUAUCAUACUAUACCAUGACAUUUCUAAAAAUACUUCACUAUGACAUUUUUUUCAUACCAAAAAUUGAAUUUUUAUCGUACUAUACUAUGAUAUUUUUAACACAUCAUACAAUGAUUUUUUUUUCAUACCAAAAUUUAUUUUUUAUUAAAAUAUUUAUUUAUUUAUUUUUAUACUACAAUGAUGAUUAAACAUUAAUAAACUAUCUAUUUACCAUUUAUUAAUUAUGGUUAUUGUAAAUUGUUUCCGUGUUAAAAUCUGCCGAGCUGAAUCACAGCAGCACUCUCAUGGCCGGAAGAGGCCACGCUUCAUGUCAAUGUAUAGUUCAAAGGUCAUGCACUGUGUAAUAUCAGGCAGUCUUAAAAAAAUAGGGUCAGGGUCAACAGUGUGGCUCUUAAAACUACCCAAAGUCAUAAACAAAAAGAAAACCAAUAACUGGAAUCCUGCGCAAAGUCGUAAAUCUCAGCGAAAGCGGUAAACACAACGGCCACUGUUAGGGUUUUAGUGAAGGUCAUACAAUGAAGUCCGUUUUCUGCAGUUUAAUGAAAUAUAAGUAAUUCAAAAUAGACAAAUUAUCAGUUAUUGAAAGGUUGGGUACUGAUGCUAGUUGAUACUUCCCCCAUGAAAGAGCUUUAUCUUUGGAAAACAAGAGAAACUGCACGUGUGUGUGUCUAUUUUUGACUCCUGCAGCCCUCUUUGUAAGAACACAGUCACAGCCCGGCAGACCACACUGCUCUGACAGCGUGACGCACUACCAUAAAAAAAGCCGUGGCUCACGGCCACAAACAUGUCACCAUGGUAAUUAGUAUGUCAGAGUGUGCGUGUGAUUGACAGCUGCCACAGCUGGGAUGUAAACAACACAGAGUGCGCUCCAGUGGAGGGACUUGGGGGUAGUUUGAAACACACAGUACAAGCUCUGAGUGUCUCUCCUACAUGUGACUGCCAUAAAAAAUAAAUGAGCUGGAUCGUAUUGACUCAUCUCUGCAUCCACAGGUAGCGGACAGGAAUAGACGCGCUCAAACAGACGCUUUAUUUUUCAUUACCCACAAUCAGUCCGAGCAGAAAUCUAAUUCUUGUCAGAUUUAAUCAGAAAAGCAGUUUAGAUUCUGUAAAGUCAAACCGAUUACUCUCAAUCACACCGGCUUAAUUAAUGAUCAGUUUAAUGCGAUGGGAUUUCUGCUCUCUGGCGGCACAGUUGAUGCCCACAGCUCAUUAUGGAAGAAAAAACAAUAUGGCUACCCAAGAUUCCCGCUAUCAAUAGAACGUCAACACACAUCAUAAAUAACAGAUGUCCUGUUUAAUGAAGUAGGUCACUGCUUAUGUGUGCUCUGUUUGAAAUGCAAGAACUGUGUGUCGAUCGAAAAUCACAAAAGACAUAUACGUAUGUAUUUUUCAAUUUUUUUUUCAAUAUAUAGAUGAACAAAAGUACAAUUUCCAAAGUUUUUACAAAGCUGAGUUUAACAUAAUAUUUUAUUUACCGUAAGAUGAAAAAAAGGGUGAUACUAAAAAUUUAGCUCUCUCACAUAACUUUGAUUGGGAUGCACUUAUUUUUGCAUCCUGAUUUUUAAUUGAAAAAAAUACUUUUUCAUACGCAACUUAAAAAAUCUUGUUUGCAAUUAAUGGCCUACAUUUGGAGGAGUAUUUUUUUUUUUUUUGUAUAGUCUGACAUACAAAAUGUUGAUUUUGAAUGGAAACUAAAGGUUUUCUGACAACUCUGAAGGGGUGUACUCAUUUACGCUGAGCACUGUAUGUACAUAAUCACAGAAUUUUAUGCAGGAAUUUGUGAAAAUGCCAAUGACAUUCCUAAACCAUAAAAAAGGGUCCCAGCCACAGUACUAGCCACCAAACAUCUUUUUAACUUUGCCUAAUUUAUUUAGCAAAGAGACUAAACACACUUUUCUGUGGAUUACUUUAUCAUUUCCUCGCUGUAGUUCUUCUGCCUUAGCGUCUCAGUCUGAUUGCAUUUCCAUGAAGAAAUGAUCAUAAAUGUUCUUCCUUGAGCUGCGUCACCCCACUGUAGUCUGUAAUGGACUGGCCUGAGGUCUCACUACAAACAAGCGACUGCUAGAAGAGAGUAGGUGAGUUGUGUUUAGUCUCUUUGCUAAAGAAAUUAGGCAAAGUUAAAAAGAUGUUUGGUGGCUAGUUCUUUGCUAUCGUGCGGUUGUUACUAAAGUUGGUAUGACUAGAGAAGCAAGCGGUUGGCAACAUUCAUCUCUCGAGGGGGUGUCUAACUCGGCGUGUUUGACCCUAACUUAAUUUUACACUGGAAUAUCCCUUUAAGGGCCUUAAGAUCCAGCGAUACCAUCAGUAUGUGGAUCACGUGCUUUAACCCCCGAGUUUAACAAGCCCCCUCUAAGAAAACUUCUUCAGUCAUCACUCACUGUGAUUAAACUCCACCCUGGAUCUUCAUCCUGGGUGUUUCCUGCGCUCUUGUGCUCGGUGACAUGAACAAAUAAGCUCCACUUUAUGGCCUGUUGUUUUGAGUCUGGCUUCUGGUUGGGUGGCUGCAGCUAAGAUCACAUUUGACUGAUAGCAGGUAGCUCCGAGGCGGGCCGCACCGUCUGGACUGCUUCCUCCCUGUUAAACACACCCCACCCCCUAAAACCUUACAUCAAUCACUGCAGCAGACGGGACAGGGAUGCUCUGCCUGGGCUAUUCCUGGCCCUCACUGUCGCACACAGGAUAAAUAUGCAUACUCAUAGACACACACACACACACACACCUGUCUGUGGCUGAGGUGGGCAUAUUAACAGUGGCAGGAGCGAGCUGCAGCACGCUCCACCUGUCCUGAGGAGACAACUACUGGGGGAUCAGAGAUGAAACCAGAUAACCUGACUCACGUUGCACCACAGAGCUCAUUCUCAGCAGCAUCCAGCUGAUUUCUGAGCAGGGACACACAGCUCCAGAGGAAAAAAAAUCCUGGCACCAACAUGGUAAAAUAUCUAUCCUGCCAAUUCAUCCAAUUUGCCACAAUUAAAUUGUACACUCUGACGCCCAAAGGAUGUUCUGAGUGGAAGCUAACUUGGCUGUGAGUCAGCAUGUAGUACAUGGAGAGGCUAAUUUACCAAUGUGAGAUACGCCUCUUUGGUUUCGACUAAAAUCCCUCAAAGUGUCUGGUUUGUUUAAUGUCAGGGUGCAGUUAGAACCCUCUCUUAUUUUUAGCAGAGCUCUUUUUUUUCUUUUUUUACAGCUGUGGUUCCCAGACUUUCUGCGCUUUAGGGACCCCACCACUUUCAAAACGAACAACUGUUUUCUAAAAAUUUUAUUUGAUUGAUGCAUUUAAUGACUUGAAAUCUGUUGAAACGUUUUCAUUUUAAUUAUUACAGACUUUGUGGUGAUUUCACUGUAGUGGGUGCACCAAAUCUUUUGACUUCUUUUGACUUUCUAAAUAGUAUAAAAAUGUGUUGUUAAAGCUCCUGUGUGGAAUUUUUGGUUUGUGCCCAUUUUGGCGCCCCCUGUGGACAAAGCAGUCAUUGCUAAACUUUAACUUCUACAUGUUGAAGUAGUGCCUUCUGAAGUGACUUCUCAUCCUGAUAAUUUUUGUCAUUAUAUGUAGGGCUGGGCGAUAAACCAAAAAUUUAUCGAUACUGAUAUUUACAACAAUAACCAACAUCAUUUUGCCCGUAUCGGUAUAUAAAUAAAAAAAGGUUGGUUUUGGAUGUGUGGCACCCAUUCAUGCCAAGUUGAGGCAUAAAAAUGACUCUUAAAAAAUCAUCAGUCUUGUUGCGAAUGAUCCUGUUUGCUUUUGUAUUUAAUAAAUGUAAAAAAAUUAGUAACACUUUACUUGAUGCCUAUCUCUAUAACGCAUUAUAAAUAUAUGUGUAAUGGGUUAUAAUCAUGUUAUAGCACUGUGAAAGUAUAGUUAUAAACACUCAUAAAUGAUCAUAACACUUUAUAGCAAUAAUUAUAACACAUUAUAAAGCAUUUUAUCAUGACUUAAAAGGUCAGAUAUUAUAAUGUGUUAUAACUGUUAAUAACUCACUGACAAUGCCCACACAGAUAAUGCAUUAUACAUUUAUUUAUGAUGUGUUUUAAAUAGCUUAUAAACUUGUAUAAUUAUCAUUAUAAACACUCAUUAAUUAUCAUAAGGCUUUAUAGCAAUUAAAAUAAUACAUUAUAAAGCAUUUUGUCAUGACUUACAAGGUCAGGUAUUAUAAUGAGUUAUGAUUAUUGCUAUAAAGCAUUAUGAUCAUUUAUGAGUGUUUAUAACUAUAGUUAUACAGUGCUACAAUGUGAUUAUACACAUUAUACAUAUAUUUAUGAUGCGUUAUAGAGAUAGGCGUCAAGUAAAGUGUUACCAAAAACCCCUCACAGGAGCUUUAAAUAAUUUGAUAUGAGAUAUUGAUAUGGGUAAGAGUCAACAGUUUCCUUACAAAUGUGUCGAAAGCCAAUCUUAAGUUGAAGUCUUUUAAAUUGAACAAACAGUUGAACUUGUUUCUGUCGGUGCACAGGUUCAAGAUUUAAAGAUCAGAAAGACCCUUUUCGGAGUCUGUCACCUCUGAAUCCGGGCCGUCUUCUGCAGAUUACUGUAGUGCCACUUUAAUCGCUUUGGUCUCUUCAGUGAAAUCUGUUUGAAGAAGUUGUCCUCUGAAUGGUAACCUGGUAAUUACCUUGUGCUCCGGAGCCCCGCUCCAUCCUCUCCAGAGCUUUGACUGAGGGUCUACGCUCUCGCACUCAGACCUCUUUAAGGACCUGGAAAGACGGACCGAAAUAGCCGUCUGAGAAGAGCUGCAGUUUUCUGUGAAGAGCCUCACAUUGACUGAAUUUUCAUUUAAGAGGAAUGGCUUUGCUGUCAGAUCUCGUGGUUGAGUUACAAACACUCCACGGUGUGCUUUACAGCGUGUAGUUUGGGGCUAUUUCGGGUCUAUCUGUCUGGAGAAACACAAGUUGUUGUUAUCAUCGUCUUUUCUUGAUAAAACAUGUCCCUGUUGUGUGAAAAUAAGACUUUACACUCAGGAAUUAGAGCUUAACAUCAGUGACCCAAACAUGUUUAUUCAAAGCAAAAACUGAGUCUCAUUCCCACGAGAAAUGGAAUAAAUUGUUCUCCUUUAAUCAUGCAAAUAAAUCUGUUCUUAAUUUAGAUAUUAAUUAUAUCUUGUAAUUUGGCAAACAGCACACAAAGUCUGCCAAGGCUGCCCCCAAUGCCCUCGUUCUGCUUCCUAUCAGACUUUUAAUCAAAUGAAAAUGGAUCUGUUAAUUUAAUCGUGAGUGUCGAGAAGGCACAGUUAGAGACAAGUCUUGAGCAACUUAAAUAAUUAGACCCUCGUCCUUUCCCACAAGACACUUGAUCCCUUAUUCUGCUCACAGAUUUUCCCUGCUUUUGGUUUUGUAUUGACAUAUUCUAAUUGCUUUUAUACUGGCGUUUAAUCAUUGUGGAUUACAACUAUUGAGUGUUUGAAAUUCUCACUUUUCUUUGUCCAAAAAUUUUAAAUACAGACGGCUUCCUCUGUCUUUGUCUGCGUGGUUCAUUUAAUCGUUUUUCUCUUCACAGUGUUUGCCAAUCCGUGGUCAUGGAUUUGUUUUGGACAAAUACCAAUGCCACUGCAAGAAAGGUUUCUACCACCCCAACAGAGUGGCGGUCAACAGCUUCACGAGUGAGUACAAUUCAAUAUUUAUCAGCAGAGUGAAAAAGUUAACCUAUCGGGUUUAAAGUAUUUAAUCCUGGCUCAUUACAGUUUUUAAAAAUGUGUAUUUCUUUAGUUUUUUAUGGAGGAUACAAAACAGACUCUUAACUAAUUCAAGAAAAUAUUUAAUAUUUUAGGGCAUUUUGUUUUGAACUUGAAAUAUCAUCCUUAGUGCUGGAAAAAUAAUUCUUCUUUUAUCACUGAGUAAAGUUUGCUAUUUGACCAUCAAAGCAACAAAUAAGGGACCUUAAAUUUUCAUUUUGGCCAGAAAGUUCGAGGAUAAACUCGUGUUUGUGUGGUAUUGAGAAAUAUGAUGCAUCAGUAAUAUCACACAUGGAUCCUGAGAUUAAAAGAAAUAUUGAACAUGGUGGCAAAUUACUGCAGAUACUGCAAUUUAUACAAGUAAUAUUGUCCAUCAUAGUGAAAGUGGAAAAAAUAUAUAUUACGAUGAUAUAAAAACUGGUUUUACAUGAAAGUAACAGUGACUGUAACUUUGCACAUGUUGUAACCUAGCAUAGUGAAUCAGUAUGUCCUGUGAAACUGAACUGUAAUAUUGCACACAGUAUUGAAAGUUAUACCAGGUAUAAAAGUGCAAGUGAAAGUUUUAUUGCACAUGAUAUUAAAAGUUAUGUUGCACAUUUUGCAAAAAGCAAAAUCACCUUUUAGAGUAGAAAACGGCAGUGAUAUUUCACAUGAUUCUUCUAAACCUGAUGAAUUAGCGAAACCCCUGAACUUAAAAAUAAGUUUUGCCUAUGUUAUGGAAGAAAAUGUUACAUUUAAUAUAAUAAGUCAUAUUGCAUAUGAUAUGAGGAGUAAUUUCGGACUUAUGAUAGAGCUAGUGAUAUAACCUAUUGUGAUGAUUACCCUAAUUAUCUAGUAUGGCCCCUUUAAUUAAAAAGUAAUAUUGCACAUGAUCUGAGGGGUAAUGUUGCACAUGAUUUAAAAAGUAACAUUGCACAUGGUGGUGUUUUUAAGACAAAUUAAUUAGUAUGACCUUUUGAAAGCUAAAAGCAAUACAGCACAUGGUGCACAUGAUCGUAGAUUAUUGCACAUGAUAGUGAGUGUAAAAAAAGUAACACAACACAUGACAUGAACUCUGCACAAGAUAGAGAAAGUGACACAGAAAGUUAUAUUUAAAUUCAUAUAAAAGGUUUUAUUGCACAUGAUAGUAAAUGUGAAUAAAGUGUUGCACAUUACAAGAAAAUUACAUGUGAAAUUUUAGGUAACAUUGCACAUUAUAGUUGUAGAAAAGUAGUUUUGCACACAGUGUUUAUGCAUUGUGGAUCAGUAUUGUUGCAUACAGCUCCUUUACCUUUAAAAAGGAAUAUUGUACAUGAUAUUAAAGAUAAUUCAGUCUGGUAUAUAUAAGCACUUUUUUUCACAUGGUAAUCAGCAACAGCAACAUAAAAGGGUCAAUUUAAACAUGAUGACGUCGUUAUGCAACAGAUUUCACUCCCUUUACUGCUCACACCGCUACACAGAACUUGACUUUGGUGUUUGCACUUUUGUCCAGUUAAAUCUUGUAAUUUAUUCCUCAUUUUUUAAGAGCAGAGAAGAUAAGAAGCCAUUUGACGUCGGAUGUCAUGACCUUAAAUCCCCAAAGCAGUAUGUCUGAAAGAGUCUGCUCUGUGCAUUUCACUUCAUUUCCUCUAAGUUGGUAGGGAUGACACAGACAAGCUCAGUGGAUAGUCACUGACUCAGCUGGAAAGUUGCAGAAAGGCCAAAGAACAAUGUUCUGUAUUGUAUGACGUCUUUACUUCCCAAUGAUGACAGAGUGCAGAGACACGUAUUAGCGCCCUGUCUGGAAAUUGAAGUGGCCUGAGUACCUGGGGAGGCUAAUCAGGUUCAAGAUGGGAAAUCUCUUUUUAAUGCGAGUUACUUUUCCCAGUUUAUUCUGUCUGCAGCGAGUCAAUUAAAAAAGGCUUUUGCAGACACAGAGCUCCUGUGGUUUGCACCUGACCUCCUUCAAACUCUCUCCUGUACUUUCUGUUUGAUCCACUUUUCCUCCCGCUUCGUCCCACUCAAACCUAAUUUAGUGUGUUCCUCUGUGUCUAUCCCAAUUCUACCUCUUUCCUCCCCCCUCUUCUUUCAAUAUCUGCACCAUCUUAUUGUCUGCGUUUUAUUUUUAGCCUCAAACAUUUCCCUUUAUGCACAGAGAGGCAAAAACACUCCAUGAUUCCUUUCUCAGAGAGCUGGAUAUCUUUGCUGUCUGCCUCGGCCUGUUUGUGCCGUUCGCCGUGCAUGUUCAUGCGUGCGAGUCUGCAUGAAAGCCGAGUGUGUGCGUGUCUUUGAGGAUACAAUAAUAGAGGAGAGGCAAGCCUGUUAGCGAGGCGUAGUGCUGCAGUCUGGCCCACCAUGGGGCCAAUAACAAGCCUGUUAAUCCACAUGGGGACAUCCUUGACACUCCUUUGCGGAGGAAGCAAGUGCAGCUCACUUUCCUUUGUCUCUCGGUGAUCUGGCAUAAUGAUAAAUGCUGUAAAGUUACUGUAGCUAAGUUCUCUUCUUUCUGUCAACUGUAGCCGCAACAAACCAACGAAAAUAAGCCACGGGAUAUGAGUCAUCGCCACAGAGAUAAGUAGUCCUUUUGAAGGGAUCAAUGAUGUGCAGAGUCACAGCUUUAGAAAAUAGGCCAGUUUCUUUUUAAAGGCAAAAUCCCUGCAAAUCUCUGAGACAAUGGCUGUUUCCAAUACAGCCUUCAUAAAAGCUCUAUAGAAGGCCACCAUUCGUUAUCUGUUCAACCAUAUGGGCAUCCUUCGGGCGAUUUCUAUACAAACCAGCAGGUCUCCAGCUCCCUGUUGUCCCCCGAGUUUGUCUGGGUUUUACCUUAGAUUACCUCAGCGGAGGAGAUUUACAGCCGUACCUGACUCAGGAUUCGAUUUUGCUGUUCCAAGCCAGGCUCCAAUGUCCAUGCUGCUUAAGUUCUGUAUUACUGCACGUUAUUGUGUUGUUUUACAUGUAAGAUGCAUGACUCGAUGACUCGCAGUUUUCUAAAAGCACCUGGACGUUAAUAUCCUGCUGAGUGUUUCCUCUGUGUUUCACAUUAUGAGGGAGGGAGUGAGAGAAUUCAUCUCUUACUUUUUUAAACAGACACAUCAGGAACUAAAAAUGAUUAUUAAAACUGUUUAUACUUCUGUUUCGGUUUUCUUCAAUGUUAGAUUUAUAGCAGGAGAACAGAAAUGCCGAAGCUUUGAUGAGACUGAAUUCUCACCGCUAGCCAUGUUUACAUGGACACAAAUAAUCAGAAUAAAUGCUCGAUCUGAAUAAAAAUGCAUCAUGUAAAAAUGUCGAUCAGAAGAUUCUGAUCAGAAAUUGUACUCUGAUCAAGAGGGGUGGUUUAUGCCGAUUGUUAUUCCAAAAUGCGUCCAUGUUAACACUUAUUCCGAUCGUGACUCUCUAAUCUGACUCGCUCUUCACUCUUUAUUUAUUGAGGUCAGUACAGGAGGUUAUAUUAUUAACACUCUGGCAUAAAACACGAUUGUAGGUGCCGUGUCUGCUCCUCCGAUAACAUAAUGAGGCGUACAUACAGUGUAAUGAUACGGAAUUUGUUGGUUUGUUGACAGCACAGACGUAAAUACAACUCUUCUUCUUCUGCGGUUGUUUUAGCAAAAUUAGCCAACUCUGCGUGUGUCCAAAUGCUUCUAAUCUGAAUAAAACUUGGUGCAUGUAUACGCACGUCAUGAUGGGAUUAUUUGAUUUAGCGCCCAUAUAAACGGUGGAUUCAGAUUAUCCGAUCCCUCAAAUUUUUCAUCGGAUCCAGAAAUUUUACACAUGUAAACGUAGCUACUUGUGGCAUUUAUACUGAGGUUGAUAACCUAAGAAAGAGGACGUAUCCAAACCCUGUUCUAGUACGGUAAGAUGGAUCACAAACAACUUGAGUAAUCAGUGGAUCUGGACUUGGAUCAGAGGGACCCUCUCUGUUGCAUGUGGACUGAGAGACUUUAACGCUAACAUUGAUGUUAACUUCCGCUGAUUCUGGUCAUCGUUUGCACCCUUCGUUUAGAUGCUAAUGGAGAAUUCGCCCCUGAAAACGAUACUUUUUAAAAACUCUGGCCAGAGUGGAGAUUUUAGAAAACUCUGUUUGCAUGUUUGCUUAUAAACGGAGGAAAAGAUUUGGGUAGCCGAUGGCAGAUUGUGCGCUCGGAUUGUGCACUCAAAUCAGUAUCACGAUAUGCUGAGCAGCUCACCUCGAUAACGAUAAAUGAACGAUAUCUACUCCACAAGCUGCUCACCCCCUCCCACAUUAACUUCGUCUACUUUAGCCGCUUCAAUGACGUCGGUUAUUGUCGUAAAUUUCUGUAUCACUAAAUUUUGGGUUUAUCGCCCAGCUCUACUCUAUCAGGACUCCAUCCACCAUAACCACCUGCUCCCAUCCCUUCAUCAGUGUUCAGUGUCAUCCAUAAUGAUCAAACUCUUUGACUUUAUCAGCUCCUCUGAGGCAGCUCUUCUGUUUCACCUCCACCUCUGCGGUUAUUCUUUUGUACACUAACUUCCUCCUUUGGCUUAUCUUCCAAAAGAAUAAAUCCAUCAUGGUGGCGGCGAUCCUGCCCUGUCUUUAGACUCCCCAUCGCCUCUGUCCUUGUCAGGAUAAAAUCACUUUGUACAGGCAUGUCUCUGUAUGUACUUUCUCUGCAGUUAUCAGCCUUGUAUGAUAUGCCCACGACUGAACAAGGAGCGGCGGUGUUGACUCUUCAUGUUCGCACAUACAGAUCCCUCCCCCUAGUGUUGACACAAUGUCGAUGAAUCCUUGUAGGGUCAGAGAGGGAUAAGCAUACAUAUACCCAGGAUGGUUCGGUUUGUCAAACAGGCACCUCAUCUCUUUUAUCUUUUAAUACCGGUCUCAGCUGAUCCAGAGGAAAAAUCCAAUAACAGAGAAACCUGGGAAUGGAAAUGACAGCCGGCACAACCUUCUCCUCCUCUCUGUAGAAGUCAUGCACAUACAGUAUAAUGAACAAACGCACAAGUGGGGUCGUGUUAGAGCGACAACUGAAGGACAGAAUGAGGCACUUUCAGAGUUAUACAUGUGGAUGUGAAAUAUGCUAAUGUAGGAAACGAGUGCUGAAUUAAAUAGACCUAAAAUGGCUCAGCUAAAAGGCGAUUAUAGAGGUUUUAACGACACUUUUGUGUUAACAACCCUCUCUUUGUCAAAAGUGCUCUUAAAUCCACUCCAGGUUUAUAUCAAAUAUAUUGUGAAAUUUAUGUUUUUAAGUUGCUUUUAAAUUCUGAAAUAAAAUACUCUCUAUUUUAUGUAUCCAUCCAUUACUUUAAAAUUACAAUUUUAAAACUUAAACCAACGAUUAAAAGUGCCAUCCCUUUAUCUUUCAGCUACUGCCCUCUCUUGGUUUGGCCGACACCAAAAGAAACUGUACUUAUGUGUUAUUCGACCAAGUAUCUGUUCCUUUUAGCCGACUCUCUCGGCCUAAUCAGGUUUGACGCUCUGUCAUGGGUACAUAUGAUCUGUUUUCAUCAAUUCUUAGCAGUGGCGGCUGCUGGUCUUUCAAGGAGGGGAAGCUCAUUUUUCUGGCCUACAUCAUAAUUGUGUUUGUUUAUUAGUAUGUAACAGAACAGAGUCGCCAAACACAACGGCAGUCGUUUUUAACAAAGACUAAAGUCGCUGAGGAUCGGUAAAGUCUCUGGAGCAGUUAAGAACAACGGAAUGAAUAACUUGGAAAAUACUCUGGUAGAUGUUUUAUUCUUCAAGAUCGCUGAUUCGCUUGUUUAGCUGUCAAUCAGAAAAGGAUUUCGCCUCAGACAGCAUAUCCAAUCAUGGAUGCAGAAGCUCGGAGUCCGGGAGAAAGUCGGGACCGCCCUCUCGCCAUAGAACUCCAGUGAAGCUUAGCUUCCAAUGGGCGGGACAAAGCCCAGCAUUUAUCCAAUGAGCGUCUAGUUUCGCUGCUGGAACAACCCACUUUUAGCUUCCACAUUGAAGUCAGCAGAAGCCCAGCGUCCGGCUGUUUAAAGCGCUGAGGCGCUGCGAGGAUGAAUGAGAACGAAAUUAUGCCGGUUACCUGUGAUUAUCAGCUUCUUAUCACAGUGUCUGAACAAAAGAUGAAGGCUUUCUAGUGCGUAUUUAGUUAAUGAAAUGUACACACAGCCGUACGUAUUUCACCACUUUUUCUUUUUUUUGGGGGGUGACAUUUUAAGGGAAGCCGAGCUUCCCUUGAAGUCUUAGAGCAAUCGCCACUGAUUCUUAUGUAUCCUCAGGGAACGCUGGUAUCUUUGGUUUCUAAUCACUGCCCUAGAGCGUAAAAGUAAGGAUAUCUGUGGAGGGUUGAUAAGCUGACUGAUCGAUACAAAUGACAGAGAGAUUACAGAAGUUUUUCCAUUCAUUUUGAUCCGUUUUGUUUUAUGUCUGACAGGGAUGGGGAGGCAGGGAAAAGCUGCAGACAGCGGUCCAAACGCAGACGAGGGGUCUUCCAGCGACUGCCUGCCAUGCCAGCAGGGCUGUGCUUACUGCAAGGACGACACCCCCUGUGUGGCUCGAGAGGACGGCGCUCUCCGCAUGGCCGUGCUCUCCUUCCAGUGCCUGUGCCUGCUGAUCGUCUUUGUCAGCAUGGUGAUCAUCUACCACUUUCGCAGGAAUAAGGUAAGUGUACUGUAACACAAUCAUCACAGUUUCUUCUUAUUAGAGUUAAAUCCAUUCACUUUUUUAACUAUUUUUAGCUUUCCAGGUGUUUGAAGUAUCAAUAUGAGGAGAAAAGCUUUAAAACUACACUUAUCCAAUUCACAAUUACAACAUUACACCAGCGUCGUGUUUGAUGUUUGCCGUGCUGUACGGGCAUCAAAGCCACUUGGAUCAAUAAACCUGCGAAUCCGUAUGUGGGUGGUCACAAUGCAGCUUUGAAAUCAUUUCAAACAGCUCAGCCUCUGCAGAUCAAGUCAACGUCAAACACUUGGACAGCGACCAGAGCGUGCGAACGAGAGCAACAAAGCGAAUGUCCUCUGAUUUGAGAGCUUAUAUGUCGUCAAAGAGCUUAAAAAAAAACAAGGCUGUGUUAAAUCAUAUGACAUAUUUGAAACAACUCUACAUCUCUACUUUAAAAGGAGUCGAUCAGACUCACCGUCUGCGAGCAGCCUUCUUUGUUUAACAGUAAAUCAUGUUCUUAAAGUGAGAAAUGUCUUUGCUGCACCAUUACUGAUAAAACUGCUUAACAAGUCAAAAACUCUGCAAAGUGUAUGGUCUGCAAAGAUUCAGAUUCAGCCCCUCAGAGUAGAUGUUGGCCUCACUUUCAGUCGUGCAGUGAUAUAACCGCACGACUCGACUAAUUUUUUAUUCAGAUCCCCUGAAAUUGUCGCAGGUUGUUGCUGUUUUUACUGUAAUCUAAAGUCUUUGUGCUCCGGUAAAGAGGAAGCUGAAUAAACUUUUAAAAGACAGUUUAUAUGAAGUACAUUUACAUGCACAGUUGAAAUCAGGUUCAGCUGGUUUAGGAAAUUUGACUGGAUGACUGACUUUGUCCAAGUCUACAAGAACUGAUUUAUUCAUUCAUUCAUUCAUUCAUAAAAGUUUGUCCUCCUCCGCUCCGUAAGCGCUUGAGAGCACUUUGAUUUGGGUAAAAAUGAAGGGGUGUUUGUGGGGCUGGGCGAUAUGGCCUCAAGUCAAUAUCACGAUAUAUUGAGCAGUUCACCUCGAUAACGAUAAAUGCACGAAAACUACUCCACAAGCUGCUCACCCCCUCCCACAUUAACUUCAUCUACUUCAGACGCUGCUCCAGCCGCUACAACUUUUGAACCGUCCUCCUUAUCAGCCCCUAUUGAUAAUUUUGUCUUAUCUAAAGCUCCUGUGAGAAGUUUUUUUACAUUCAUUAAAUAGGCUAAAAUUCAUACGGAUGCCUGUUUUUGGAAUACAAAAGCAAACAGGAUCAUUAGCGACAAGAUGGAUGAUUUUUUAAGUCAUUUUUAUGCCUCAAAUUGGCAUUAAUGGGUGUCAGCCAAACAGCUGAAGAAAUGGUCCUGUUUUUACAAUUUCCACAUUAAAUACUCACAUUAAAUAAUACAUAUGAUUAGGGCUGGGCAAUAUGGCUUCAAAUUAAUAUCACGAUAUAUUGAUCAGUUCACCUUGAUAACGAAAAAUGGAUGAUAACUACUCCACAAGCUGCUCACCCCUACAACUUCUGAACCGUCCUCCAUCUCCUCACCUGUCUUUCCCUCUUUGUUACGGACUGGAUGGGGUGGAGUCACGUCUCUGAUGUAGGACAGCGUCUUAAACAGACAUGAGACCACAGCCUACCUACACACAUCCAAAACCAACUUUUAUUUAUUUAAUUUUUUGACACCAAAUAUACUGAUAUGGGCAAAAUGACGUUGGUUUCUGUCGUAAAUUUUGAUAUCACUAAGUUUUUAGUUUAGCGCCCGGCCCUACUCAUCAGGACUCCAUCCACCUUAACCACCUGCUCCCAUCCCUUAUUUAGUAUUCAGUGUCAUCCAUAAAGACCAAACUUUUUGACUUCAUCAGCUCCUCUGAAGCAGCUCUUCUGUUUCACCUCCACCGAAUAUACCAAUUUGGACAAAAUGACGUUGGUUAUUGUCAUAAAUUUCAGUAAUGGUAAAUUUUUCGGUUUAAGAAUAAGAAUAAGAAUUAGAAGAACUUUAUUUAUCGCUGAAGGGAAAUUGAAUUGUCUGUUACCUCACAUAAUGUGUCUCUAAAAGUUAUCUAUUAUUUACACAAGAUAAAGAUUUGAUUUUAUCGCCCAGUCUUAGAUGUUUGAGGACAAUACGUAGUUUUAGACAAAAAGGCUGGUGCCAAAAAAAAAAUCAAAAAGUAAAUAAAGUUUAAGUAAGUCUUGUUAUCAGGGGAGCUCACUUGAGAUUAAAGUUUGUUAUAGUUGUCUUUUAUUGAUGGGGUUCACUUCAUACCUGUGUAAACUUUCCAAACUUAUAAAAUCCCAUGAGCCUCAGUUGCUUCUGUCAAUUAAUUGGCUUAAUUAAAGGCUUUGUCUCCAGCUUGUGAGGAUUAGCCUGAAGAUUCAGCACUUUCCUGACAGGGGAACGUCUCGCUGCUCUAUCUCCCACACACCUGAACCCGCUGCCAUGUUAUCGACCAGAGGUGAACAAAAGACCGCUCCCAUUAAUAAAACAGAUAAAAGUUUGAGAUGCUCCAGGGCUUUGUCAUUGUUAUGUAAUCCCCAUUUAUGUGCUCCCCAUUAAUCUUAUCAAACUAAGUUUGAGAGCUGAGUCGAAGCUCUUCUCUGACUUCUCUCUGAUAAAUUGGAUGAUUUAAAAUUAUCUUCACAACAACAAACAGGUAUAUUUGUUUUUCAGUUUAAUAUUUGGUACAUUUUGAAUUGGAUAAACAUCUGGGUUACAUCGAUGUUGGUAGGUUUUUGUGUUGUCUUUUGUCCGCUUCUAAAUGGGGGCCACAGUCGUUUCCUUCACUAAAGCCCCUCAAGCGUCUUUUUGGUUAAAGAAAGUAUGUUUUGAAGACGUUACAUAAGAGGGGCAAACAAAGUGCUUCAGAUGGUGAACCCGAUGAUGAAAGUCCUUGAGGCGGACGCUUUGUUUAUGCUUCAUUUUCUAUUAACCAACAAAGGCAGCAGCUCUGUUCCUGUUGAAAUCCUCUAAAAUUGAUGAUAUCCCGCUGCUUUAGACUUAUCAAUGAUUCAUUCUUCAUCUCAUUCAUGAACAGAUAAAACAUUAUUUCAUCAGGUUUAUCACCGUUUAAAUUUGUGGACAAAACAAAUGAAAACUGUAAUACACAAAGGAAGUGGCUUUUUCUCGUGGUGGCUAUUUUCCUUUACAUACUCUUGAUUCAUUUUAAUCAUUUUAGCAGUGACCGACCAAAGGUACAGGACAACGACAAAAUGAUCGAAAUUAUUACUUUCAGUUAUCAGCUAUGUGGGCGUCCUCAGGUUAAUAAUGUUCUUAGACUGGCAUAAGUAUUGGUAUUAAUAUUGAUAUCAGUUUUGGCAUCAGCAUUGGUUAUAAUAUUGGUAUAUGUGUUGAUAUUGAUAUCAGAAUAGGUAUCAGUAUAGGAAUUGGUAUCAGUAUCGACAUUGAUAUCAGUAUCAGUAUGGGUAUUGGUAUCGGUAUAAACAUUGAUACCAGUACUGGUAGUGAUAUCAGUAUCAGCAUUGAUAUCAGUAUCGGUAUUGAAAUCAGUAUUGGUAGAGAUAUUGGUAUUAACAUUUAUAUUACUAUUAUCAUCAUUGAUAUCACUAUCGGUAUUGAAAUCGGUAUAAAUAUUGAUAUCAGUAUCGGUAAUGAGAUCUGUAUCAGUGUGGGUAUUGAUAUCGGUAUUAAUAUUGAUAUCAGUAUUGGUAUUGAUAGUAUUUACAGUGAUAUCAGUUUGGGUAUUGACAUCAGUAUCAACACUGAUAUCAGUAUUGACAUUGAUAACAGUAUUAACAUUGAUAUCAGUAUCGGUAUUGAUAUCAGUAUUGGUAUGGGUAUUGAUACAAGUAUUAACAUUAAUUUCAGUAUUAGUUUUGGUAUCAGUAUUGACACUGUUAUCUGUAUCAGUAUAGAUUUUAUUAUUGGUGUCAGUCUUGGUCCCAGUAUUCAAUCCUACCAAAAUGAGUUUAAAAUUAUCAGCAUAUUGGAUAUCUCUAAAUAUACAAUUUCAUUAUCUGUUUCCAUUUCUUUAUUAUAUGGAUUGAAACUUUCUCAUGACAACUGGAACUUUAUUAAGUCCUGUGUAUUUUGUAUCUAAAGUGAAAAACAAAAGUUUUACCCAGAGUUUCUUUCUGCUUCACUUGACAUUGUUGUUUUGGAUACUGUACACAUCUGAAGUGUUUUGGUUUACACUUAAAGGUCUCCCAGGUUAAGAAAAACUUAAAUGGAUGAGCUGCAUGUAACCUUUCCACCACAAACCUCCAGAUAAUGAAGUUAGUUUUUGUAUAAAAAAUGUAGGCUUUCAGCUUUAGGCAGGAGGAGUUUAUAAAGACAAAAACAAAGCUUAAACAUAUAUUAAACAUUAUUGUAAAGUUUGCCAGCAAGCUAAAACUCAACCCUAAAUCCUCACUUAUGCAGCAAAGCUGUGAUGGAUGAUUAGAGACCCAUCUGUAAAGAGAUCUUGAAGACAUACAAUGUUUUUGUUUUAGGUUGUUGUACAGAGUCAAAGUGGCUAUAAAUCAACUUUAAUAGAGAUUGAAGUUCGUGAUUUAAAACAUAAAUUAAAUAUGUGAUUCUUUUUUUCAGAGUAUCAGAGCAUCAGGUCUCGUCCUGCUGGAAGCCAUCCUGUGUGGAGCUCUGCUUCUCUACUUCCCGGUAAGCCUGAAGCACCUGCUAGUCUGUGGGUGCGCCUGUGCGUGUGUGUGAGUCUUGCAUCAUUUCUGUGAUCAUUUCUUGACGUGUUUGUUGAUAAUCCUCAUACCACACUCCUUUGAGCUGAAACAAAAAUCUUCUCCCUGACUGAAGGUUGGCAUUCGCUUUGACCUUCAGUUCACUCCGUCGCUCAUUCAUCACAAACAGAAUCAGAGCUCCGAAUAAAGUUUGGUAUCUGCCGCAGCGACGCCACAGAGCAGGUGUGUUUGCCUUGUCAGAUAGCACCAACCUGAGUCCAUAAAUCAUACCGCUCUGUUGUUUGUUUGUUUUUCUGACCGGUGCAUGGAGCUGUGAUAAGCAGGCUUUCACAGCCAAGGUGCGCCUGUGAUAAAACGGGACAGGCAGUGACAAACAUCCCAGGGCUUGUUGGUGACCCCCUGUAAACUGUACACAGAGCCGGCCAAUGAACCCAGCAGCCUGUCAACACGACCAUCUGUGGACCAGACACUCAUGCUGCUUCAUACAGACUGAGCUCAUCAGGCUUAAAGACAGAAUAAACUCCCUUAAAGUUAACUUAACCUCAGUCCUUUCAAACUUUUUAAAAUUCUGAACAUUAUUUUGUUUAAUCCACAGCAUAUUUUCAGAGCUUUUCAACCAAACUGUGCAUAACAAUUUUUAUAUGAGGUUCAUGAUGCAACUUUGACUGUUGCCUUAACCUUUGCAGCAAUUAUUCUCCAUUUAGUGAUGGUCAUCCGAAAUUCAACAAAACACGUUUUUUGGCAAUUAUUUUUUUUCUUUGGGUUUUUUGCCGGUUUACUUGUGUUUAAUAAAGUAAUCUUUGUUCCUUUAUGCUGUGCUGUUAGCCUUCAGACAGAGUUAGCAGUUAAAAGUCCUGUUGGGGUCCACAUGGAUCAGGGAUUGACCAUUGGAUAGUUCUGUGUUACUGAUAAAUCCAUAACCAAGAAGUAUUUCUCAUCUACACAAACUGAUACACAGUCGGGAGGUCACAUAUGGUGUUUAAUUUUGAAAUACUGGAAGACAUGCGCAGUUUUCGUGCUUGACUUCCUGUCUAGAACGCUCUUCUCUGUGUGGACUGAUGCACAAUGGAAGCGUAGAGCAGCGAAAAUACAGUUGUCGAGAAUGUUUAGCAGAGCUGCUUUCAAGACGCUUCUGAUGCGCGUCCUGUAUGCGAUGCCGCAUUGAUAAGAAUAGCAACCUACUUGCUGCGUGAUACGCGACACUGCUGCCACGCUCCACAUACGCAUUCUGUACGUUUUAGCCUUUAUCGAAACCCAGUUGCAAAAGAUGUUAACAGAAAAAGAUUCAGGCAAAGGAGGAAACACUUGCUACUUCUUCUAUUGCGGCUCUAUAACCUUGUAAGCUCGGCACAUUUCCAUGGAAAUUUGGCAAACAUAAUAGCGCCCACUGUGAACAUAAAGAUCCUGGACAAACACCAAAAAAUAUAUGUGAUUGGGUUGCUAUGGAAACAUUUAAGUAGAAUCAUGAUGUGUUAUUAAAUCUGAAUGUGGCUAACUCUUGUAGACGUCCCACAAGAGACGAUACGGGGAAUGGAAAUAGCCACUGGUUACUGGAGGCUCAAACUCUCAUGAAUGUUACUGCAGAGUAAUAAAACAUAAACAUGUAGAGACAAUACUUAGCCGUUAUUAGCACAAUCUGCAUCACUCACCAUUGAUUUUUGCAUCAAUUAAAAUCAGUGACAGCGUUUGCUCACUCCUGAAGCACCUCAUUAUUCUUGCAGAUGACCUGACUCUGUCUGACACCCACACACUAUCGAUUAACAUGAAUCUACCACCACGUCUUCCUCAUGGGUGCUCGGUGCAUUGGCUAAUUGCAAUUUAGUUGCAAUCAUGUGGAGCUAUAUGCUGAGCAGAGCGAUGCUUGGGUAGAUGUAAUUAAAGCCAACUGAUUUAGAGUUGGUUAAUCAAUGCAAUUUGCUGCAACAAGGUUUCUGGAAAGUAAUAACGUUUGAGUUCUGCAGGGUGAAAGCGAGCUGGGAGUCUGGUUAUUGGUUAGUGAAUGGGUGUUGAAGAUAAUCCCGGAUACAGCCGGUGUAGCAUUGGAACUGACUGCUAAAAAUAGAUGCUUGUAAAAACAUGCCAAAAAAAAAAAGGAACUUUGCAGCUUGCUCUGUGAGUGCUAACUUGUCUCAGUGGUUUAACAACAGGGAAUUUGGUUACAGUUAUGCUAAAAUAGCCACCGUGAACACCGCUUUGAUAAGAUAUCUCAGCCCGAUCAUGUGAAAACUGCUCCUCUUUGUGCUGCACGCUAGAUUGAUCUCCACCCUGAUGCAUCUCCAUGUCUCCCCUGUGAAUCCCACAUGAGCCGAGGCUGAGACGCAUCACUCCAAAACUAAAUAUAGAUUCAGAAAUAUUCCACCGCCACCACCGCCGCCGCUUCUAUUUUAAAUAAUUCUACUGUUAUUAAGCAGCAGGAGAUGCAGCUCAUUCUGCUCCCGUGGCAUUGGCCUUUGUAGAGCAAUGUAAUUUUUCCCCCCUCUCUUUUCUCCCCUGAGUGUGUCACUUGCAAUAUCUUCAGACCUCCUCGCUCCAAAAUGAGAGAGGGAAGAACAAGGCAUGCAGAAGUAGAGAGGCAAAAUCAUGGCACUGCCAAAGCCGGCUAUUUCUGUCUGGCUGGUGGGAUGAGAGAGAGAGGAGGAGAUCGGACACGCAUUUGUGAUUCACAAUGUGAUCCCUGGAUUAGCUUUCCAGCCCUGCGUUUGUCUCUUUGCAGCUUCUUAUUGACGCUGCUGGGGAGGCUUAGACUGGGUGAAAAGAGCAGAGUUUGGAUUGCUGUAGCUACUUUGUUUUUCUCAGACGCAGCAAUCUCCUCCAGUCAAGUUAAAAAAAACUAUUCAAACAAGAGGAGCGAUACAGAGACAGUGCAUCCUGGUACCACUUUGUCUCAACUUGUCAAAAGACACAGUGUUAGGUGCAAAGAAGACUUUCCUAAUGUCUAUUUUAGGUUUGCUGAAGACAUUUCUACCUCUAAAGCACCUAAACUAAAUUGUCCCUAUUGUCCCUAAUUGUUCUAUUUUUUUCAUGGUAAUAACCUUGGCUUGCCGUAGUUCGAGUAACUCUGAUUGACUGACCGAUAUAACCAAUCCCAGACCAAUCCAUCAGUCCUAGAUUUGUGCCUAAAUCUAACCAACCACGAAAGGCACCACACAAUAUAAACCAAUCAAAAGCAACGUAAGGCCAGUCUUGGCGUCUCUACCUAUCUUUCACACAACAGCGCCGUCACUUAAAACCCACUCGAUAUUCUCCUGAAGACGGACGGUAGGUUAAGACUGGCAUUAGGAGGUCACAGUGCAGGGAGAGCAGAUGGCAUGGAGGUGAGGACAUCAGUCUGAAGGUAUAAAUUGACGUUAAAAAAGAUUGACGUCUUUUUUCCGGCGACCAAACACAACGCUGAGGUCUCACUCUCGUCACUUUCUGAAACUUGGCAGCCCUGUUAUUCCAUCCAGUGUGUGGUGGACUCUGUAUGCACCAGGCGUCGAACCAAUUGUUCAUCUGCGUGACAAUUUAGAGCGUCAGCACUCACUUUCACCGUCAUUAAAGCCCCAAAUGAGUGAAGAGCUUUUGGAGGAGUGCCAUUUUCCUCCCUCCAUUUGAGAUCCGCAGACUCUGAGAAUCAAUGCCAUCUUUUUCUGCAGGCUCAUGAUGUCUUACUCAGACACCUUAUGUUGUUUCUCCCUUUGAUUCCUCUCCAAACUGUGUCAUCCUGAAGCUUGUCGAGUUUUCUCUGGAGUAAAAGGGCGCCGUUUCUCUCGUAUAUGCACAGAAGUUUGGAAUUUGCAGAAAGCUGUUCAGCUGUGCAAAUGGGUUUAUCAGCUUUUAGUCAAACUUUUAAAUGCACAUCCUCCCUUUCUAUACCAUCUGUCCGGGGUCUAACAUGCAAAAAUAAAAUACUUUCUUGUUUAAGCGUAUGCAUGUCCGAGAGCUCAGGUGUUUUAGGAAGAAAUCUUUUAAUAUUAACCCUUUUCAGUCACCCUUUCCGUUCUUAUUUCUUCUCACUUUGUGGAGAUCGCACUAUCGGACCAUGAUCGCCAUAGAAACAAAGUUCAUAAUAAUUACCAAUCUCUACAGUUAUCAACCAUGCCUUUAACUCUGAUUCAAACUUUCUGUUUACAAAGUCGACUUUCACUUCACAAAGCCGACAAUAACAGCAUGUAAACACCCUGUGAGUCUUACCCUCCCUCUCCUCGGCACUUCCUUCCCAUCUGUGCGUGCAGCAGUGUACGCUGCCCUAGAGACAGCACCCGUCCUCACCCUGCAUGUUCUCCCCUGUGAGAUGUGUCACACCUCCUGCUCUGCUGCUUAUGCAUUCAGAGAUGUAAAUCCACAUUUUAAAGUGAUAAUCUCCAAGCCUCUAUUUAUACUUUUUUCCAACACCUUUUGUGCUAAACAUUCAUCGCUGAGUUCUUGCAAUGCAGAUGACUCGCUAAUUAGACUUUGACUCACCUUUGAUAAAAAGGAAUAGCUAAUGAGUUUCUGUGGUUGUUGUUGUUUCUGCACUCGUUCAGCUGUGUGUGUACUUAAACUGCUUUUGUUGACUACACAGCUCUUCUGUUUAUUUGACACCGGCUCGGGUCUUACACUUCAGCAGUUAUUGAUUUUUUCUGAGAAUAUCAUGAACUAUAGGGCAAGAGGGGAGUGGAGAAAAAGUAAUUCCCAUGGAUGCUCCUGAUAGAGAGUGUAUUGUUUUGUAUAUACUGCUCACUUUAUAAGUCUACCUGUGUCAUUGUCUGAGGAAAACAAAGUACAAAGGCUAACGUAUAAAUCUACCUCUAUGUGGAAUUCUCAAGGUGCCUUUUGAAGGUGAAGGAAGAUAAUCCAGUCUCUAACAUAACUCUGAAACUCAAUUUUAAGGAUAUCAAAUGAUCUGAACUGUUUGAAACUAAGGUCCAAUAUACAAGCUACACAUCUGAAACUUACGAAAGAGGAUUAGGGCCACAUGAAGAGAAAAAUAAAUUACAGGAAGGAGAUUAAAGUUGAAAUUUCAAGAUAAAAAACAAAACAAAAUUAUGUCUAUAAAGUCAGACUUCGAGAUUAAAGUCGGAAUUUCGAGAUUAAGGUUGACAUGAAUAAAGUUGAAAUUUCAACUUUUAAAAAAUUUAACUUUAAUCUUGACAUUUCAACUUUAAACUCGAAAUGGAAAUUAAAAAAAUCUCCCUCCUGUAAUUAUUUUUUUUCUCCUCUUGUUGCCCUAAUCCUUUUCCGUAGAAACUACUUGCUUUUAGCUGAAGAGGGAAAUUGAAAAUAAAAAAGCAAAAGCAAAAUAAAUUUUGGAGUAUACAACCAGAUUAUGAAGGAUGACCUUACGUCCUCUUUUACCCGGACAUGUCCUCUUUUGGGGGGCUGUCUGGCCUGUCCAGGGGGAGUUUAUAAAAUCCUUCAAAUGUCCGGAGUUUGUAUGGAAGUCCGUUUCCACCAGUCUAUUUUUGAAAAAGAUGAAAAUUAAGCGUCUUUGGGAAUUCAGAUUAACCACAGGCAGGGAGGUGAAGCUGAGGCGGGCUUUGGGGCUGAAACAGUUUUCUGUUCUUGGUCAUAAAUAUGUUUAUUUCUGAAGUGAAAACCACUGAAUGGGAAAAACAUGCGAAUGACAACCAAGUAAGUAAUCAUGACCAACAGAAGACUCUUCAUAGACAAGUCGUUGUUGAUAUCAACUCCAAAAACUUGCUGUAAAAUCCACUCGCUUUGUGAGACUGCUAGCAUCCAGGCAGUAAACGCCUCAACAACAAAAUCUGAUCGGUUUCUGUUCUUAGAUUUGGAAAUGCCGACUCAAUCGAUUGACAAGACAAGAGACAAAGAGGUGGAGCUCAGAGAGGCUUUUAACCUCCAUGCUGAGGAAUAUUAAAGUUCUCCUGCCAACGCUUGAAAGCAGGCUGUGAUCUCAGACAUUGUUAGAGUUACGGUAUCCUGCAGAUUCACUCAUGAUUUCAUUUACUAAAUCUGAUAACAAAUGGUACUGACUUGGCAAAUUUAGGGCAAAAAUCACAAAAGAGCUCAUAAAUGAUUCCACUUCCUGCUGUCGGUUCAAACUUCCUGUUUGAGAUUGAGUUGAGGUUGUCAGUCUCUUCUUCAAGACAAACUUUCAAACCUCUGGCCUCUGGGUAUAAUUCCCUCGUUCAUCCCUCCUUGUCUCUCCACCUGUCCAAUCUCUGCAUCGUCACAGUGCCAAGCUGAGCCAAGGUGCCACCUCAGCCCAACUCAGGGCCUCUGCGUUCAUGGCAGGCAGGCAGGAAGGGCUUCUUAGCACAUCAGGGGGCUAAUGAGAAAUGGUACGACCGAAGGGAUAAUGUAUCCUGACCUGACAGGCCAUGAAACUCAGUCUGCCAGCUUCUUCCCUCCUGUGCUCUGCUCUGCCUACCAUCCAAGCUGUUCUGACACUUUCAAUCUGAUUUAAGUGAAUCAGGAGGGUUGCUGUUUGUACUCCCGGCCCUCUCUCCAUACCCCGCUUCUCUUCACGCUCCUGCAAAGUGCUGCGGAGUCUCCCAAAACAUACGCUCGCCAAGUCGAGGAAGAGGAAGCACGGCUCUGUCUACAAGAGAACAUGUAGGCAGACUAUUCCCUCACUGUUACAUCCCUUUGUGCCAAAGCAAGACAAGAGUAUCUCGUAGGAUCUAACCGGUGAUGAGGAGGGAAGGGAUUUGUGGGCGGCGAGCGCCAGCCAGCUCCAGUCUUGGCUUUUUCAGAGGCCGUACUCGAUGUAAUUUACACUCUGCCCACCUCAGGGAGCAGCGAGAGGAGAAGAAACCAUUACCUCCCUCCAGAAAGCUGCCCAUCCCGAGUGGCAGCCAGUGUCGGCUUUCAUAUAAAAAUGGAUCCGUUGCUAUUACAACACAGCACCUUUCCUCUGCUCCCACCUCCCACCGGUGCCUCCUCCUACUCUCUCAAUCUGAAGGUGUUUUGAGAUUACGAAAAAAAGAAGAAAAAGAGACACGGAGAUGAUGAGUAGAAAAAGCCAGGCAUGGGCGGACCGAAUGACUUUCACUUUGUCAUGUCAAAACAUUAAAAGUAGCACGAGAUCAUUGUUGUGACAGGAUGAUUCCCGAGGCUGCACCCUACCGUUCUCCACUCAGAUGGAGACAGACACACUAAAUGGCUGAAAGUCAUUUUUCUCCCUCGUAGCUGGCAGCAGUCUGCGAAAGAAAAGUGUGAUAACAAAAGCCUGAAAUUCAGCGCCGUCUGUCCUCCUGACUGGAACUGGCUAUCCUUCUUCGCUGCAGUCAUUUUGAAACCUGAAAAUGUGAUGUGUUUACACUGCUGCAUUGACAGAUGACGAAUAUAUGAUAUUUCAUUUUGGCAUUUUCAUUUGGUUAAGUGCUCCAUUAGCAUGAGGUUGCUCUCCUACCCAUCAGAGCUGCCAACCCUAAUAAUAAUUUAACGUUCAAACUGUGAUUUAAAUUUCUGGUUAGUCAAACAGAAGCACAGACCAGAUGCAUUAAAUUCAUGAGAGUAACUGUAACAGCGUCUGAACUUUAUCAUGCCCUGGUUUAUUCUGAGACACUGGACUAAUUAGAUGAUUGUUUCUAAGAUUAGAGCAGACACAAAUUAGUUUAUGUUUGUGGCUCUAAACAGAGACGUGAGACUAUGGAAGAUAAUAUUUAUGAAGAUUCAGUAAAAACGAGCUCAUUACUUAACCAGAACAAUGCAGGGUUAACGUCUCAUUUUCUCUCAUGUAUAAGACCGGAGUCCACAGGUCUGUAUGUACAUGGAUGAUGCCACAAGUGUGCAACAUAAUGAGGUACUUUUCUUUGUCUUUUAAUUUAUGGAUUAGCCAUAGGGGAAAGGGUAGUUUUUCCUUUUUUCGCCAUCCAACAGUUUGAAAUUUGCACUUGGUUAGCAACCUUUGGGAAAAGUUAGCACAUCCAUAUAAUGACUUCAGAAGUUCAGUACGACAAAAGUUCAGUUUUUUGAUGUGCAAAAGGCAAAUCUACAAAAGAGGAUUAGGGCCAAGAGAAGAGAAAAAAAUAAUUACAGGAGGAAGAUUUUUUUUUAUUUCCAUUUCGAGAUUAAAGUCGAAAUUUUAAAAAAAUCGAAAUUUAGACUUUAUUCAUGACGGCUUUAAUCUUGAAAUUUCGACUUUAAUUCUAAAAAUUUUAUUUUUUUUAAUCUCGUAAUUUCGACAUUAUGCACAUUUUGUAAUCUCAAAAUCUUGACGUCAAUCUCGAGAUUUCAAAUUUUUAUCUCAAAAUACCAACUUUAUUGACAUAAUUUCGAUUUCCUAAUCUCAAAAUUUUGACUUCAAUCUUAAAAUUUCAAUUUUAACAUGUUUUUUAAAGCUGUUGUUUAGAAACACAGGUGGUUUACUUACAUGUCAUUUUCUAUCUCUAAUGACAUUAAAAGUCAUAAUUCAUCUAUGACGGAGACUUUUAAAUUAACGAAAACUCUGUUAACGCUCAUAUUUAACUAUUUGUAAGUAUUUUAUUUCAUUCAAAGAGUUAUCGUCAACAUUGAUAAAGUGCGGCAGACCAAUUCUGGACCAAACAUAACAAAAUCAAUGACCAUUUUAUCUUUAUAAUUAUUCUCUGAACUGUUUCAGUCAGUUCUGUGACUUACAAAGUAGUGUACCUCAAAAUAAAAGCAUAGUUUGUCAAACAAAGCACAAUGAACAAUGGUUUUAUGAAUUAACCUCUUCUGAAUAUAAAACAUGAUUUACAGGCUGAAACGUGAGCAGGUUUACAGCUGUUUGAAUCAUACGAGUUAUUAAACGCAGGGAGAAGUCAACAGAUUGGUAUUUUUAGUCUCUUCUGAAACUCAUUUCACAGCAUUAAGCCAGAGGUUUGACAUCCUCUGUGAUCGAUACCCUGUGGGACCCUGACCUUCACAGUGAGGGGGAUCAAUCCCUGAAGCUUUCACCCUCCGCAUCGACCCUCUGAGCGCACACACACACUCACACACAUUUGCAUUUUUAUUGUCUACACAUUACAAGUUAAUUACACACGGCUGCUUUUUGCUGCUCUGCUGCCAACCGCAUUAGUCUAAUAAAAGAAACCGCCCACUUUCUUUUUCAAAGCGUUGUUUGUUGAAUAUCUCCUGUUUGCCCCGCAGCAGAGCUAAUUAGCCAAAGCGGUCUAGCACAAAAUUAUUUGUGUACGCUCUGUGGUUCAUGGAGUUCGGCGCCAUAUUUUGGCGGUGGGUGUGUUGGCGUUCUCUCAUGAGGCCUUUUGGGGAUUCAGGGUGCUCGGUUUUGCGUUUGAAUGGAUUUAAAGUUGGACCAUAACAGCAGUUGUGUUCAUGUUAAUGGGAUGAAUGCAUGAAAACAUCAAACCAGGUUGCCAAACUCAAGUUGCUCAUGCCAUGUUAUACCUUGUAGUGUAGCCUAUAUGGAUCUAAUCCACCAGGAAGGCUCCCUAAAGGACACCUCAUGACAUCUUCCUCCUCAUUGGACCAAUGAAAAGGGCACUUCAUCGGGUUUUCUCCACCACAGCAGCAACCAAAUGGGCAGUUUUGCACUCUCAAGUCCUCCAGUAGAACCAGAGCCGCCUCCUUCAGGAAACCAGUAUGAGCUGCUUUGCUGAGCCAGUGGAAACCCCACGGGAGCGCUUGUUUGAAUUAUUCAUUACCGCCAUCCCAGAGUGGUUAACAUAUAUGUUGUGAGAUCUCUAUUUGUUUUCGUCUUAUGUGCCAUGAACAAAACAAGACAACAAAGCGCUGGUUCAUAAAUCUUGGCAAAUCUUUCCCCCUCUUUCAAACAAAACAGCCUCUGAUGGGUGUGAUUGUUUAUCUUCUGCUGUAAUGCUUUCAAUUAUCAGCACGGCACGAUUACGUUUCUGUGGCCUGGUUGUCUAAGCACUCUUUGUAUAAAGCAUAGACUGUAUAUAGAAUGAACGCCAUCUUCCUCCUUUGGGUGAGGCCAUCGCAAGAACAGCACCCUCUGGUGUCAGGCUGCAGUAUAGGUCAUAAAUCCCGCCUUCUCCAUCAGCAUCAUCACAACAACUCUCCCACCAAAUUCGUACAAUGCUACUGCGCAAGUGGUGGUUCCAAGAAGUGGAUAAAAUUGCAGAAAUACAGAGAGCAAUUCAGCUUCAAAUUCAUAUAAUGAUGGAAGGUGGACCCAAGUUGUCCAUAGUUUAUACAGUCUAUGGUAUAAAGUCUAUAGUCUUUGUCGCCAGGGGUGUCCCGAUACAACUCUUUGACUUCCGAUACGAUACCGAUAUUGUAGCCUUCAAUAACAUCACUUUUACUCCUUGCUACUUUGUACCUUAGUACACACUGUUGUUGUGAUUUUGUUGGCUCAGUUUGCUGGAUCAGGGCGCUGCCAGAUAGAGAUGCCGGAGCGGAAUCUGGACUGGACCGCUUGUAUCGGAGUGCUGAUAUCGGAGAUUUUGGAUGCAGGCCGAUAUAUCCAAUAUCAAAUAUUGGGACACCCCUACUUUUCGCUGUAGUCGCUGGUUCAAUUCCUGAUCACGACUCCUGACUCUCUCUUAAGCUGUUGUAUCUAAUCAAGGCAAACACGCCAAGUGUAACUUAAAAAAGGACAAAGUUUCAGAAAACUGGUAAAGUUUUUGUUGGCCUCUUCCUCAACUUUGACAGCCCUCUGCGUUUUUCUGUCCCAUUUGUUGAGUAUUGAUACGGAGACUCAUUGUGACAUGGACGGACUAAUCCUGAGAAUAACAGUAGAAAAUCAGCCCUCUAAAGAGCUGCUACUCACACCACAGCUGGCUGGCCUGCGUCACCGUUGUAUCAUCAGGGACACUGCUUCUGUGUUUGCAGCCAGCUGGUGGGUGCUAAAAUUCAGAGAUGAUUGGGAAUGAGAAAUAACUGCAAAUUAAAUGAGUGAUUGUUGAUUGAAUGAGUAAGUGGAUGAGUGUGUGAAUCUUUUGUCUUUCUUUCUUUCAACUCCAACCAGUCCUGCCUCAUGAUCGUUGUUGGAUAUCCUCGUUAAAAGAUGACAAAUACAUUGAGUUUGUGAUGACGAUAUACUGAGAUUAUUUUGUGGUUAUUGGUCGAGAACCUUUUCCAAAUCCAAAUCCAGAUUAAUUGAGCACUGUUUGGUCAGAGAAAGGUUUAAAAUGAGUCAAAAGUACAAAGCUGUAGUUAUUCUUCUCUCGUCUCUACCUGUGACUUAUAGAUUAUCUCUGGUUGAACAAAUCAAACAAAGACCGUUUACACAGAGGAGACCAAUAAUCAUUAGGGACAUGGAUGGAAACCCAGCUCGAUUGAAGACCGAGCUCCACUCUUCUCAAAAUCCAAAUUCAAUAAGGUAUUAGCUCAUCCUUACUGCUCUCCAGCCUCGUCAAGUCACGUCAUUUAAACAUUUUAUUUCUAGUUUCUUUAUUCAUUCGCUUUCCUGGCUGGUUGAACCAAUGCAACACCUUCAAUGGUCUGCUGCUCUAGGACAGAUUUACCGACUGUUUUUUUUAAAGACAUUGUCCAAGUUUCCUUCAUAAGCAGUUUCAGAGAGGUUUGGCGAGGACAGGUCUGGAAAGAGAGGUGGUUAUUAAUAAUAUAUCAUUAAAAAACUAAUGAUAAAGGACACGGUACAAAGCUUUGGUCAGCUAGUUAACGCUCCUGAAAUGUGCCGUCGUGCACUUCUACAUCUGAAAAAACUUCAGAUCUGCUUAUCGAAGCUAAAUGUUCGCCCUCGCGGGUUCUUCUGGAGAACACACUGUUCUGUUUUGUAGUCUCCACAGGAUCCGACUUUGUUUCAGGGGGGCGGCUGCAGAGCCAGGUUGUGUUAAGUCAGGUGUCUGGGGAGGCCGGAGACCAGGUCAGCAGAUGAAACUAAUGAUCAGGGCAGUCAUCCAGCCGGGGUGUUUUUACUAUACGGCGCUAGAAAAGCCCGGAUAGUUCUUCAAAAUACCCAAGAACCGGAUCCAGACCUCUGAUGAACCUCUCAGAAAUGAUCGGCGAUUUUAAAAAGGAGGUCUGAAAUGUUCGCCGUGCUUACUCAGCAUUUCUGAAGCCUUUAGCCAUGCUGUAACCGAGACAGAAGGAGGCCAACAGAGGAGUAGUAAGUGUGUUGAUAAUAGUCUCCUGCAUAUUGAUGUCCAUUAGGUAGGUAUACAGCACCCUGAUCCUCUCAAUCCCUCCACUCGCAGAUAACACUCGAUCCCUCUCCUUUCCCACAGCGCUGAACCUCCGAUUUCCAGCACUUAGCAUUGAUUAUUAAUGGAAGGUUUCAAAAUAAAAGGGGAGGAUGCAGAAUCUGAUCUCGCUCUGUAUGCACGCUGGCGUUAAGAGAAACCUGUCGGAGGUUGAGGGCCGGUCACUUCCCCGAAAUUCUGCUGAUUGGAAAGGCAGGGCUUAUGUAACACAUCUCUGCUCAGCAAUGCCUGAUCUGAGGGUCACGACGUUGUUUGAGGACAACGACGGAGCUUUUUCUGCCCUGAAAUGAAAUUAUCGACUAACUAGAGGAUGGGAAUUUUCCUUAGUGGAUCAGAUGAAGUUCGACAGAAGGGAGAGCAUUACUGGUUUUGUGUUGUGGCGUGUACUGGAACUAGAUUUCAGGCCGCGUCAGAUUCUCUGCAGUGUUUUAUUCCAUGGCAAGAAAUUUGAGCUGAUCAGAAACUGAAGUGGGUGGUUUCAACCAAACAUAUUUCUGACACCUUUCCAGGAGUUUGACUGAAAUACUCAAAACUAGACGGACCAAAUCCAUCGAGGCUUUCUGAGAAGGUCUCUGUCAAAGUAAACCAUGGUCUAAUUUUCUCCAGAGUGUCAUAUUUUUAAAAAACUUUUACAGUGACAGAGUUUCUCAGCUGUUUCUUAACAAUCACUAAGUUGAUAUGAAGCCAUGAAACCUCACGUAGAAAUGUGCAGAGCAGUAAACACUUGACACUCAUUAACUUAAAUAUGAUCGUUGCAUGUGUGGCGAGACAGGAACUAUGACAAUUUUACCAGCUGCAGUAAUGCCAACUGAGGUAUUGCACCCGAACAGCACAGGGGCGAGACGUUUCAAAUCAAAUACAUUCUAUUUAGCAAAAUAAUUCAGAACACAAUAUAAAUCACAAAAUCAAAUACAAAUUAACAAGUACGAAAAUAUAGAAUUAAGGCAAAGGAGGGUGAAACCAGGCUGGGUCUUACCAUGCAGCAGGGCAACCAACGGGGGGAAAAGAGUCUUCAAAUGAAUCACUUGUGACACUACGAACACAAAGAGGGGAAAAAAACAGGGAUCGUGAGAAGGACACCUCCACCAGGGACUGACUGCUGUAGGGGAGCCCAGCACCUGGAGACAAAAGAAAGAAUUAAUAAAACAUGCCAGAAAAAGUCACUAACAAAUGAAUGUGAACUAAUCUAAUAACUAAACAAUGCAAAAAAAAAAAAAAAACAAACAGAAAGAAUUUCAAAAGAAUACACAAAAUUAACACAAUAGUUGAACCCAAUAUACCACAGGAAAUUACUGAAGUACAUUUCUGAAUGAAAAAAAAAUACACAGGACAGUGUUGGACCACUGAGGACCCUAUCAAUUAGCGCAGGCACCAUGCAGGCCCAAGAUCAAUCAAUGCCACGCUCAAGCUACUGGAGCGAGCCCAGGAAGCAGACAGUCCUACUGGACCGAGGCAGAGGGUACGGUGGACCUGAGGUGCAAAACACAACAGUAAAUUAGAAAACACAACACAAACAGAGAAAACAAUACAGUAAAUCAGCAAACACAGCACAAAAAACGAAAACACUAGAAGAAUAGAGAAUAGAAUAUUCCUUUAUUGAUCCCCCAUGGGGGACAUUUUUUGUCACAGCAGCAUCACAGACAAAGUGCAAAAAUGCAGUUAUAAAAAUAAACAUUGUCUCUGAAGAACUUAAAUAAAUAAUAAAACUAAAUAAAUAGAGAAAAUUUUAUACACUAAAAGAGAAAAUAACAGCAAAUACAACACAAAAAAAGAGAAAACAACAGCAAAUUGGAAAACAACACAAAAAAGAAAACACAACAGCAAAUACAACACAAAAAGAGAAGACACAACAGCAAAUCAGUAAACACAACACAAAAAGAGAACACAAAACAGCAAACCAGAAAACACAAAAACAAAACAGAAAACACAAUGGUUACUGUCCUUGUGUUUUCUGUUUUGUGUUGUGUUUUCUGAUUUACUGAUGUGUUUUGCACCUCAGGGCCACCGUAUAUGGCGCUCCGGGCGAGCGCACCACCGAUGAUCGGAUAUAAAAAAAAAGGAUGACUGAAACCAGAAAGGAAAACAUCAGAGGAAAUAAAACCGAGUUAAUUAAACAAAAGAGAAACCAGGCAGACCAGACGCAAGCUCCGUACGAGCACAAGCAGGUAUUCUUACACAGCGGGGUUUCAGCGAGUCACUCCGCCUGUCCCCGACGAAAGUAGUCGGCCACACAGCAAGGAGCGACAGCGGUGUGACCAGAACGCGCGUAAAUGCGCCAACAGUAAAACGAAAAGACGGCUGAGCACUCACGUGGAAGGAGAGACGCCAGUCUGGGGUGUGGAGCUACGAGUCGACAGCGCCAAACAAGCUAGCUCCCGUAGCCGCUGUCGCUACCUGUUUCGUCCCGGAAACCGGAUUUGUACUGCGCAUGUGCGAAACAAACGUCACUUCCUCUGCUUGCCAGGUGACCGGGUGGCGGCGCUCUCCGUGGCCCAAAACGUCUCACCGUACUGGGCAGGAUCUCUGGCGAAUGCCUCGGCAUUAGCCCUGGAGCCUGCAGCUAGCUAGCCUGCCACAUUCCAGCUGGUUUCUGAAAUCGAUCGGUAGCUUAAACAAAGUUUUUCUUAGCAAUUGCGCAGUAGGGGUAGGUAGCAACAGUAACAAGUAACUGCCGUAAAAUGCAUUGAAAUACGAAGAGACGAAGUGACGUUUAUUUCGCACAUGCGCAGCACAAAUUUGGUUUCCAGGACAGAUCGGGUAGUGUAGGAGAAUCUCCUCAUACAUUUAGGUAGAGAAAUAUAGCCACCACCAAGGAGCAAGGGAGAGGCGAAAGAGUGGAAGUGCCACCAAAGGUGCGUAUUGCACGGUCCAGCAGUGCCCGACAGUGGCCCUGAGGGACAUCACACGUGCCUUUCAAUUGAGACUAAACAUGAAUCAACAGAGCUUUGCACUGUCAACAUGAAACUCCAGAAGUUUUCCAAGACUCCAUAUUGGUGCGCUAUUCUUUAGCUUUGUCAAAUACUUGAUUCUAAUAAACAGAAGCAUAAGCAUUUCCAAUUUGAUCAGAUACUUCAUACUCAGUCAAUUAAUGCCAAAGAAUCCAGUCUGUUUCUCCUUUGCCUGUUGACACUGUGGCAAAAACAUAAGUUUGUCAGCAUUCUCAAUCAGAAAACAUUGUGCUCAGCUUCAUUCCUUACACGGUGAUCUUCAUUACAAAGUUUUAUCUUAAAAUGCAAAACUGAUAUUGAAAGUAGGGAAGGGUGGCUUCACAAGAGCUCAAAUGUUUACAAGACCUGAGAGGAAAAAGGAGAUAGGAGAGUCAGAAACAAUAUUAAAACUGAUAGUGGUAGAUCACCCUUCUGUAAGUACCAACUUUCCUUUUUCCUCAGCGAAUCAGAGUCUUUAAACUUCCUCAUCUAAACCGUCUUCAUUUGAGUUUGUGACCAAAAGAACAGCGGGUGAGAUCACUCCAUUAAAAGAGGAGCUUAAACUGCUAAAUGUGUUAAAAACUUUUUUUAUGACGACUCAUUCAGAGCAGUUGGAGCGAGCGCCUCGAGGGAGCGGCGCCGCUCAAAACACCUCCUGAAACCAGCCUGAAACCAUCACGUGACGGAGUUCCAGCUGCUCUUUUCUAGUUUAUCUUAAAAAGGAGUCGUGAGCUGUCGCUCCCCUGGUGCAGUUUUACUCAUCCUCCUCUGCCCUCCUCUGUCCCUGCGGGCUGAAAUGUGCGUCAGCAAGUUGCUCGGCGCCUGCCUGGCCUCAUAUCUCUUUAUCAGCUUUCUCCUCUCGAUUAAAAUAACAGAGGAAUUCACUAAGUAGCAGUCACGCAUCCUUAUUCAGAUAUCAUCUCCAACCUCACUGAUGAGCUUUUGUGCCUCUAAAACACAAUUUAUGAGGCUUUUUCUCUCUCUAUAGUCAAAUUUAACAUGAAACACUCUUUAUGCAUCCAAGAUGAACAUCUUGUUUAUUCAUUAUUUGUUCUGCGCCAGUUUUCUUUUGCAUGGCUGAGUCAACUGGAGCAAAGUUUGUGUGUGUUUGCCCGGUCAGUAUCUGCGAACAAAGGAUGAGGAUGUGGGCCACCCUUUCUCCCGUGGGGUCCUCGGUGUCCCCUGACUGACUUCAAACCCAGCGAGCAAAAAAUAUCCACAUGCCUGCGUCUUCCCCGCAGCCGGAGGGAACGCAAUAAUGCCUCGGCUAAUCCGAUUAACAUUAACAAUCCCACAGGGGAAAUCGCUGCACAUCUGCAAUGGGCAGAUAAUUACGUUUCCUCAGAUGUUUGUUUCUUCCAUUUUUUGUGUGGGUUUGUUUUGGUGCUGCAUCUGUCUUUGGAAAAAACCUCAGCGCUUUCAUUUUUCACUUAGCGUGGUUGGACAACAUUUCAGCAAACAUGGGUGGAUGCCCUGCUUUUUGUCUCAAAGGCAAGCUUUGCGUGAUGUUCGCAGGCUCGGAUGGAUUAAAUGUUUUUGUGCAAAGCAAAGGAUGGUUAAAAAAAUGACACUGCUCUUAUAUGUUGUGUUUUUGACCCACAGUUAUCCUGAAGAAUCAAAAAUGAAAAGGUCAUGACAAGUUCAGGACUUAACCGUUUGGAGUUUCUCCAUUAAAGUGAUCACUGACGAGGGCUUUGCUACUUCAGGGCCUGUGUCCACCGACAGCAUAUUCUCAGUUUAACAUGCCCGCAGUGUCAGCUGUGAUUUAUUCCUGCACUCACCAGGCUCUUAAAUCGACAGGUGUCUUGGUUCAUGGCUUAGCUGUGUUGGGUCUUAGAGAAAGAGUCUGGAGCUUGGACACAUCGGGGGAACUCAGAGUGUUUGAUGUGAUUCGUGCGUUUGAUAUAGAUGCCUCCUGAGCACCCUCCUUUGAGGGUUUCCUUGGAAUAUCCAAAUAGGAGGGUCGACCAUGAACUCCUCAUAACCUUAAUCUCGAUCAGAAACCCUGUCUGUUUGGCGGUAACAUUUCUGACUUCCUGUUUUCUCUUCUUCCAGGUUGGGAUCCUGUAUUUCCAGCCGAGUGUUUUCCGCUGCAUCCUGCUGCGAUGGGUCCGACUGCUGGGCUUCGCCACCGUCUACGGGACUCUGACUCUUAAGCUGUACAGGUAACUCACAAAAACUACACACACAUCUCCACAUUUGUCCAGCGUCUUAAUCCGUUUCAUGUCUGUGGGGUUACACUGAUCUCUUAAAGGGCAAUUACACUUCGCUUGUAUCGAGUACGAUUCUCAUGAAGCGAGACAUCGUGUUUCUUGGACAAUUCGUCUCCACCUUACACUGGUCCUUAUGUCUCACUGCCUUAUUAAACGAGAGACGGAAACAGAGAGUAAAAUUAAUUAAGAAGACUCGAGGUGCUUUGGCCCCAAAUGAACUGAAUGUAUAACCUGGAAGUGAACGAUGGUUAGCGAGAGAUAAACGCGUGUGAGAUCAGAGGAAGAGAAAGGACUGCUGGAGGAAACGGAGAGCAGAGGGGGUCAUCAAGUACUGAGUGGCUGAUAAUGAGACAGGGGGUGUACUGUAUUUAAAGUUGCACAUUUAAAAUUGUUCAUCCGCGGGGCUUUUUUGUCAGGUGAAUCUGUCAAAAACGGCCUAAUGAAGAUGCUGAUUAAGAGGAUGUGGCUGAGCCGAGUAAACCCUCUGAGGUGCAAGUUAACAUAUUGCACAGAUCAAUUUUUGAUGGGGGGCUCAUUAGUGGCGAGCGCAGUGGACACUUCAUCAAUGUGUGUGAAGGGCAGAGACUAAGAAUAGCGGAGGCUGGUAAUGUGUUUGAGCACAGAUUAGUAUCCGUGACCCAGUCGUCUAAUUUAUCUGUUGAUAUGAAGCCAUGAAACCUCACAUAGAAAUGUGCGGAGCAGUAAAUGUGAGUAAGGAUGUGAUUUACAGCAGAACACUCCAGCUGUGUGAUGCAUAAAAAUGAGAUAAAAAUGCUGCUUUAGCUUUUGUAAGACAUGUUCUGAGCACUUCUGGGAUCAUGUUUUGAAUGUAGAUGGACAGAAAUGUGUUUCAGGACAAUGUCAGUCAAAUUUAUGUCAAUGUUUGCAGGAAAUAAGUUUUAUUUGGCAGUAUGACUCUGUUCUGAGAGUGCCAAAGCCUGCAGCAGGGUAAGAAUAUUGUGUAUAUUUAUGGUAUAUGAAGCAUUGUGCACCUCAAUAUUUAUGAUUAUUAGUUGUCUUAAAAGUUUGAAAGAAGACCUCUGAGGUUUAAAGAAAAGAGAGGGAGAGUUUUCCUCCAACUGAUGCUCUUUAUUUUGAUCGUCGCCAUGGUAAUAUGGUGUCUACAUGCAGUAUUGGGGUAGUUACUCAAAAAGAGUCAUUUGUUACUAGUAACUAGUGACUUCUGUAAAUUGUAAUGAGAUUACUUUACGAGUUGCUGCAUUUAAAAAGUAACUUCACCACUUGUUACUUAACUUUACUGUUUCUUAAUUUAUCGUGCAGAGGUACAUAGACAAACAUAAUAGCCCAAUCAUCACUAAGCAUAGUCCACAUCGUUUUGUUUAUUGUAUAAAUGUCGCCUUGGCGUAGAGUGCAUUUCACAUGAAUAUUUUUGUCCUUUUGACUAAUAUAGCGAAAGUAAAGUGAGUAUCGCCACUUGGCGAAAGCCCCUGUGUCAUCCGCCUCCGUCUCUGUCUCCGUUUCCAUCUCUCGUUCACAUCAGCAGCUACGUCACUCAAAUCGAUCUCUCCAGAGGACUUUGAAAGGCCGCAUGAUUGCGCAACGCAUCUUCGCGGGCAACUUUUUGUUUACAUUCAACAGGGAGGCUGCGAGAUAGCGAGACAGUGAGAAAAAAACAACCAAGAAAAAUGAAUCCCACGAAAGAAAAGACUGUCAGAGUGUACGGAGACAAGCUGGACGACGGUCAAAAGGCUUGAUAUCAAGAAAAACUAAAAGAGAUGACAUUGAUCCUUAUGAUAUGAGCACCAAACCCCAAACAGACACACAAGCAGCACGUACGCACAAACCACUACACUACGAAUGGUCAGUUUGACAAGCUUUACUGGUUGCAGAUCUGGGUUACAGCUUCAUCGUGCCACAAGUGUAACAAAGACUGGUCUGAGACUGCUCAAGUAAAUAUAGUCGUCCACGUUUUCAAGCAUUCUGCUGGCAUUUAGUUGACCUGAAUAAGAUUCCAUGUAGGGUAAGAACAAAGGACAACAUAUUUUAAGGAGCUUUAGUUGAACAUAUGGAGAGCGUUAGUGCGUUACUUUACUUCGUUACCGCCAAAAAAGUUAAAUCAUUACUGUAAUCCGUUACUGUUGUUGUGCGUCACCCCCAACACUGUCUACAUGACCGGUUAGUUUGUCUCAAUCCUUGUCUUCCUCCUCCUGCAGGGUACUGAAGGUGUUCCUGUCCCGUACAGCCCAGAGGAUCCCCUACAUGACCAGCUGGCGAGUGCUGCGUCUACUGGGCAUCAUCCUGCUCAUCGUCUGCUGGUUCCUGGUGGCCUGGACAUCUGCCGUCUGUCAGAACCCGGACAGGAAAUCGGCGCUCAUAGACGUGGGCUACACGCCCGACGGGCUCCAGUUCAGCAUGUGCCUGCUGGAUCGUUGGGACUACAUGAUGGCUGUCGGUAAGAGCGGCGGUAAUGGUGAAAAACACAAGUUAUUUGAGGUUUCUAUCAAGAAUUAAUUUGUUUGGUGCAGUCGGAGCUCAUAAGAGUGAGGAGGUGAAGUUGGAUGAGGAAGACGGUUUGGCAAAGCUCCUACUUUGCCAAAUGUAGACAUUAAUCCUCUCCUCUGGUGCUCCACUCUUGGAUGUUUGCCUGUGUUUUGUACAGAGGAGGGAGGCAACCAGCCGCAGAUAGAAACAGAUGAGGAAUCAAAGAUGCCCAGUGGGGGCCAGCAUCUCCAGUUGAGGAAAUCUGCAUGCUGUUUUUAACGUCUGCUGACUCAGGCUCCGCGAGAAAAAAACUACGGUCCUUUUUGACUUCUGGGAAAACAGAUGGACCCCCAACAGAGCCCACAUGCUGCGCUACUGUAUACUGGAAACAGAUUUUCUCUGUUUAUUAGGAGGUAAAAAUAGGCUGGAAUUAGGGAGGCGCGAGUCAGCUCUGAUGUCACCCGCGUAGAGGUCAGAAACUAAACACACAAACCAGAACACAAUGAAUCCCUCUGAUCAAAAAUUCUGCGUCUGUGUACACUCACAGCCAGCGGUCUAAUUAUUAUAAAUAUUUUACUGAUUUUGCACAGAAACUUUCAUGCAAACAGCUUGAUUCAAACCAGUGAGCAAUUAUUGUCGAGCAAAAGCACGCACAAGCAGAGCAGCACUUACAGCAAUGCAAUGAUGAGUUCAUUUGAUCUGCAAUGUUACAUGAAAUUUAAUUAUAUCGCUUUAUGUUUCUGAGCCAUCAGCACUUUUACGCCAUGAAUAUGUAUGGCUCUGAACUGUGUUAACGGUUUAUGAAGUGUAAAAAGUGCCUUUUGGUCGAGUCAUUUCGUCUCCGACAGAUGUUUAAUUUCGUCAAAGCAGCUCACAAAGUCCUCUCAAGGAGGCGGCAUUUAGAAAAGGUCGAUAAAUUGUGACUUGUGAUUCAAUUAGAGGCAAAUAAAUCGUACUGUGAUCCUUUAUGGAUGAGUGAUUAACUUUAUAGAUCAGUAAAGAAGAAACGAGAUGUUGACUGUGCUUAUAGAGCUUUGUUCCAGUCUUCUUAACACUGUAGCAGAGGCUGUUUCAGACCGACUGUGGCUCAUCUCAGAAGUCUGAAUUUGUCCCGUAUUUUUACUUGGGGGUCGUAAAUUGAAAAAGUUGAGAACAUAGACUGUAUAUAGAAUAGACGCUGUCUGCCUCCUCGCUGGGUGAACCCACCUCAAGAACAGCACCCUCUGGUGACGGGCUGCAGUAUAGGUCAUAAAUCCCGCCUCCUCCAGCAAACCCUAUGGAGCUGUGAACAAACUUUAGAAAUUAAUUACACAGAAUAUAAAUUUAUCUCCCCCCUUGUUUCGAUGUUGACAUGUAGUUACUGUCAGACUUGUUUGUCCUCAAGUCCUCUUUUUUUCUGUGCAGCUCUAUUUUUUAAAAUUAUUAGGGGGUUCAUGUUUUCUAUGAUUGACACUUGAUACAGUGAGGAUUGCGUAGCUCACCCGAGCGUCAUCACAGAGACUUUCCCGCCAAAUGUGUACAAUGUUACUGUGCAACUGUUGGUUCCAGGAAGUGAAGAAAAUUCCGGAAAUACCAAGACCAACUCAGCUUCAAAUUCGAAUAAUGACAAAAGGCGGAGCCAAGUUGUCGACAGUAUACAGUUGAGAAUGACUUAUUUAGUUUUUUUCUGGAAACAUACUCCCGAUGGACCAACAACAAAGUCCAGGAUACGAUACGACUAAAAAUUAGGAACCUUUAUUGAGCAGGUGAGACUUUUAUCAAACUCUGUGUCCAAACAUUAAUCACCAUCAUGAGGCUAAAUUUUUCAUAACCCACAAAAAAAGUCCAAAAGAGGGAGAAGGAACUUUUUAGUAUGUUGAAAAUAGUCUAAGAUGACUUUGGUAACUUUAUAUCCUGAUGAAUCACAGCUCUGGGUUUUCGCUCAUUCCACUCAACUGUCAGCAAAAAUUGGCAAGACUUUCACAAGGAUACUGAAUUUUUUAUCAAAAAGUUCUCCGACUUUGAUUAGCUGUAAAUAUACGCUUUACUCAGCAUUCUAUGAGAUUUUAAAGAAGCCGCUAAUUUUUACUUUUAAAGGCAAAUCAUCAAGGAAGUAUUAUUCCAUAUUUUCCUCUACAAAAAUCUUAAAAGUCAUGACCCUCCUUAUUCUUUUUUUCCUUUAGAAAGAACAGGUGAUGUUUCUACUUUGGGGCAUUUGCUCAUUUAUGAAACAGAAGAGUAUUUCAAACAAGAUUUUUUCAGAUGAACUAAUUAACUUUACGUAUUUGUGUUACAUAUUCUGGCCUUUAAAAACCCUUUUACAAAUCGACAAAUGAUAACUUUUUAAGGGUCCAGUUGCAUCUUAUGAAAACAUUAGUUUAAAUGAAGAAUACAUGAAUGUUGUAAAUGAUUAAAAAAAAUGAUGGUUUUGGUAAAAAGGCUGCAUGUUUAUUGCUGUGCAGGUGGUUACUUAGGAGACGUCACAUGGGGUUGUCGCGGUGGAUCGUUGCGAUUUAUUUAUUGUCCAGAGAAAACAUCCACAGCUGUUACAAUCGAGUCUUUUGAACGAGGUGUUUUCAUUUGUACGUGUGUUGUACAUUAACGCUGAUCUGUCCUGGAUGGUGUGUGUCUUUUUUUAUACACUGCAUACAUUUGAAUUAUCACUCGGUGUCCUGUCUCAUUCCUCCUUCACAGCUGAGUUCCUGUUCCUGCUGUGGGCGGUGUACCUGUGCUACGCUGUGAGGACGGUGCCAUCGGCGUUCCACGAGCCUCGCUACAUGGCCAUCGCCGUGCACAACGAGCUCGUCCUGUCUGCGAUUUUCUACGUCAUCAGGUAACUCUGACCUCGAACCAUCCAGAUCCCUCAAUGAGUUAUUAAAGAUGGAGUUGGCAGGAUCUGAGGAAGUGCCAGUUUUUGGGAGAAAUCUUGAAUGUAAACUCUACCCCUCCAAACCAGUUUUCCCCUCAGCUCCUCCUCUCACCUCCCUCUCUGCUCCAGCAAGCCCCGCCCACAAACAGACGCUCCUGCGCGCUCGUAUCAUUUCACUUAGAGACACUUAGAUUACUUUGUUAAAGCAGUUUACCUGUCCAGCAGAAAGGUUACAGGGUCCGUAAGAUCCCGAAGCGUCCCCCAUUGUUUUAUGUUGACCCGGCUACUUAGCUCUUGUCCAGGUGGUCGACCUCCUUUUUUUGAGUGCCCGUUAUUCCACCAGAGUUUCCGGUAUUUACUUUGUUUUCUUGCUUGUGUUGGCAGUCGUGGCUAAAGGAGGAUUCAGACAAUUUUCUGAAUUUUCUGGUUGGUUUCUACUGUCCGAUAUUGAAGCAGGGAAACUUUCGUUAGGCUUGUGAACGUUAUUCAAGAACAUGGAGCAUGCCUCAUAACCAAUCAGGUCGGGGAGGUGGAGAACGGCUUUGUUUACAGUCAGAAAGAGCGGACCGUUAAAGAAUCUUAAAAUGUUGACUUCACAGACAUAACAGAACACAGCGAUAUCGUUAUAUAACCAAAUGUCAUCAAUAACUAAUAACUAUUGACUGAUAUUAAAAGCUUUUUUUUGCUCCACGUCUGCAUGAAACUUACACAUUGCUGAAUGCGUUGGAAGUCUUAAUGCAGGGACACAGUAUAAUUCAACCUUUGGAGCCUCUCAAAGAGCGACACAGCCUCAUUACACUCAUGUGACUAUAUUUAUAUUACCAUAAUUCACAUUAUUGGCCAUUCCUGCGUCGAAAAUCUUUAAUAAAUAUCAGUUGUCUUGUCUUAUCUUAAUAGUCUCUCAGCAGAAACAGGCCUCCAUCGAAGGCCUCAAGAGAAUAACACAAACAUUAUUACUUAGUGCAACAUUUCUCCUCAAUAUACAGAUACUGUCACUUGCAUUCCCAGCAUGCUCCACAGUUACUGGCUUCAUAUUUAAUAUCAGAGCCUUUGAUUUGAUCUCUGCUGUCAUUUUGACGUUCACGUCCUCCAGCAGAGGCUCUCAUUUCCAUCAGAUACGAGCGUCCAUGUGAGGCUGUGUUCAUGUGGGAGUUGUUUUUUAUUGUAGUGAGAUCGUCCCUCUCCCUCCAGUCUACAUGUCAAAUAGCUGCUCCAUGCAGUUUAUAAAUGAGACGUUUCAGCUGACACCGCCACAGCCGUUCCUAGCUGGAGUCCCCUCUAAUUGAGAGCUCAGCUCCAUCACAUUAUUUAAUAAUGAAGCAUGUCAGAGUGAUUUAUGUUUUUCAAGACGGCAUAAAUAGCUGAAUUAUUGGCAGCAUUACUCCAGUUUUGAGUUAACAUCCAUUAAAAAAACAUGUCUGUCGUUGGUGUUUAACCUAAAGAGGAAAUCAAAGUUUUAAUAGUUUUUAUCGCACAUCAAGUUCCUGCUGAUAGAGUCGACAGAAUCUGUUGUUGGGGGUCUAGAUUUGAGUUUCAUGGUUUGUUUUGAUUGUAUCUUGAGUCGAGGGAGUCGGUUUGAUUUUGACAUUGGUGGGGACACAAAAUGGUCCUACUGUAAAUUUGUUUUUUUUGCAUUUGCAAUCAUAAUUUAAGAGAAUAAAAUUAGAAUAAAAUAAGAAUUUAAUGCAUUCCUCAUGUUAUAGAUUGCAGCAACUAAUGAAAGUCCCGCCUCCUUUGCCUCUGAUUGGCUAGAAAAGCUGGAAACGUCAUCACACGCUCAAGCCAAACACAGGCUGUCGGCUCUGUACGUUGAACAGAACAUCAUCGCACUUCUAAAUCUCCUACCUAACCCAACCCAACAGACGAUGACGUUUCACAGCCAUUAGGAAUAACCAAUCUGAGCCCAGCACUUCUAGCCAAUCAGAGGCGAAGGAGAGCGGGACCUUCCCCUACCAUCCCACAAAAAAAAAAUCGCCUCCCCAAUUCUACACCCUUGUCUUGCGUUACUCACUGCUGUAAACAGUCCAGCUCACAGAAGAGAAAGUCUGACUGGGAUUUGUUUAUUGCUAACUGCCGGCUACACCAGAACUCUCAGGAAGUUUGUCAUCCUUCCCAGAGGUGUGUAUCGCUGUCAAGACAGACAAUGGGCUCUGAGAUUGGGAUCUUUGUGAUUACUGCGCCUCCUCAGCUCUUUGUUCAGCUUUUCACUGCAGAAAACUGCCAGAAAAGACCCCUAAUAAAUCUGAAAGUCGCCACCAGAGACCGCACCGAACACUGGCGCUUGUUAGAGGCAUCCACCAUCCAUUUGUGUUUCUCACAGAAGCCGCCGUUUGAUCCCUGAGUGACCAGUUAGAGCUCAGGCUUUCCCGUUCGCCGUGAUGGUCAUCAGGUUUUCCGCCAGGUCGAGGUGUGGAAGUCACAAAUCGAGCCGGGGUUAUUAAAUCCUCAUCUGCACACAAAGACUCAUGAAUGAAGCUCGGGAACAUUUCAUACGCUGGACCUUCGCCUUCAUUCACGCCUCAGAGCUAUUACCAGUAACUGUUUGUUAAUUAGCCAUUCGCUGGCUUCGACAACAUAACGAGCCCGCGAGCUGACAUUAGCGUGGAUUGAGGCUCUCUGGUGGUUGAAUUAGCAUCUGACAGGACAUACCUCCAUAUCCUUCGUGCACAUGAGGGCUCGCUGCGCUCAAAGCCUGUUAGUUCUCUAUAAAUGAAAGGCUGGAGCCGCUCCUCUCACUACUAUUGUUUCUGCCAGUAAUUAUCUCAUUUCCCACCGACUGCUGCGCCACAGCCGGCCUCCUGUAUCACCCUCUGAUGUAUAAAUAGGCUGAAUAUUGCCACCAGAUCAAGGUCACUCCCCUUUCAGUGCGAAUCCGAAGGAAAAAAUGAGGGAAAUAUUGCGUCCUUGCCUGCAGAAGGAUCACCCGAGUGGAACACUAUAUGAGGCAGUGGAAUUGACACCUAGACAGACAGUGUAUAAAUCUACUUUGGCUGAAAACACAUUAAGUCUACUGCUGUGUGUCUCUGUCGGCCCCAUCUGUAGCUAAGAGGCUGCCUGCAGACGGAGCAAUGUGCAAGAAUAUCGCAGCAUAAUUAAAUCAGAGUCGACUGCAGUUACAGUCUGGACGUUUUGAAGUUUAACGUCAGCUGUCAAAGGAUGUUUAGGAAGUCUAUUAACACCUCUCGAGUACUGUGAGAGUGUGAACCGGACCCUUAAAUACAAAGAGAGGUGGAGACGUUUGGUUGACUGCUGAAUGAUUGGUUUACAGACUGAGCCAUUCUGAAUUAUUGUCACCUUCAUGUCCUGAUUUGUUGUCUAUGAUUUAUUUGUUUUUGGAGCUUUUUGGGACAAGAGAUUAAACUCUGACAAAUCUGACAAACUACUGGAAGUUAAGCUGCCAUUACUGCAGUGGCGACGACUCAAAAUAUCUGCAUGUUUUACUGCAAGCUGUAAGAAGUGGUUUAUAUUGGUACUGUCUUUGUAACUUUGCCUAUAAUGACAGUGUAGGUGUCGUUAAAUUAGGGCUGGGCGAUAUGGCCUCAAAUCAAUAUCACGAUAUAUUGAGCAGUUCACCUCAAUAACGAUAAAUGGACGAUAACUACUCCACAAGCUGCUCACCCCCUUCCAGAUUAACUUCGUCUACUUCAGCCGCUACAACUUUUGAACCGUCCUCCAUCUCCUCACCUGUCUUUCCCUCUUUGUGACGAACUGGAUACACACAUCCUAAAACAACUUUUAUUUAUUUACUUUUUUGACACCGAAUAUACCAAUAUGGGCAAAAUGACGUUGGUAAUUGUUGUAAAUUUCGGUAUCUGUAAAUUUUCGGUUUAUCACCCAGCCCUACUUGGAAUAACCUGUGGUGUUUCAGCUUCAAUAUCAGUCUUUAGAAACUAUCUUGACUUUGCAUAAACCUCAAAAGGAAAUGCAUUUUUUUGUUCAUUGUCCGGUGAGAAGCUGUGUUUAAUCGUUACGACCCUGCUGUGGUACAAAUAAGUGAAUAAAUAUCUCCUGAUAAUAUAAUAUAACCCUGAGCUCUUUUUCAGGAUUCUUCGAUCCACACAGUCUGUAGACACUGAUCUGCCAUCGCAGUAAUGGCCGCGACACAAGAUUGGUCUAUACUUGGCGUGCGCUUUGACCCCUUGGCCAGUGGCGCCCCUUGGGUUUGAACCUCAUCUUCCUUAUUUGUUCCAGGUUCACUCUUGCUCCAGAGCUCCACCCAGACUGGAUGCUGCUGCUAUUCUUCACCCACACCCACCUGACAGUGACAGUGACCCUGGGUCUGCUUCUCAUCCCAAAGGUAAACCUUGACAUGAACAGACUUAAAAACAGUUUUUUUCCGUCAGCAAUAACUACCCUCAAUGCCCUAAGGAAGGCUAGGAGUGACUGAGUACUUAUUUACUUUAUUUAUUCAGAACUGCUAUUUAUUACUAUAUUUGUUUUUAAUGAUGCACUGACUGUCUGGCACUUUCUUAAUUUCGUUGUACUGGUUACAAUGACAAUAAAGGACUAUUCUAUGAUGCUCCACUAAAACAAUGCUGCAGUUGGAGAAACCUUGUCCCUUCAAAACCAGUACUUUACAAAAAGUUUAAAAAGAACAAAUGUAUGUUGGAUGGUUAAAAAAUAAAACAGUGUAUUUGUAUUUUUCUGUUUUUGUCUCUAAGUUUUGUAAGUUGCUUUUGACUGUAUGUUUUCCAUUGUUUCCGUAGCUCAACAGAAACAGAAAUGGUCUGACACUGGCAACAAAAGUUGAUUGUGAUUCAUAGAUAGUAAAAGUGACUCAUCCGCACACUUGCUCUGCUGCUGUUAUUACUCACUGAAACACAAAAACAGUCCUUAUCAAACUACAGCACCCAGCUGUUCGGAGUAAACAGAUAAUGUGUUUGUGAAAGCGGCUCAUAAACGCAUAUGUGUAACUAAGCGUUCGUUUACGCUCUGAAUAAACAUUAAAAGUGUUUUGAGAGCUGCACAGUGUCUUUUCAAGAACUAGUUUUUGUUCUUCUUCUCUUCGCUCCUGUAGUUCCUGUUCGCUGGCACCCACAUGAGGGACGAUAUCGCCUCUGAGGCCUACGAGGACGAGCUGGACAUGGGUCGCUCCGGGUCCUACCUCAACAGCAGCAUCACGUCGGCGUGGAGCGAACACAGUUUGGAUCCCGAGGACAUUCGGGUGAGAGGAGUUUCCAUCAACACUUGCCUCCAUAUUGUAUAACCUGGUCAAAUCUUCUGAAUCCAAGAGAAACAUACUGAGCCAUGGCAGUUUUUUAUUGCAGACACCAGAGGAAAUGGGCCAUCUCAGUUCUAUUAAUGGCUGUGGCGUAAGGUCUUGCGACAGUCGUUGGGAAAAACGUACCAACGUGAGCAGAGAUUUCUGUUUGUCUGUUAGAGCUGAAGAAGUCUCUCUCCCAAAAGUUAACCUGCUUAUUAUUGGACCUCAUUCAUUGAAGAGUUUGGGCAUACAAACAGAAAUACAACAAAUUCAAGACCUGAGCUGUGAGGCUAUUUCAGACCUAACGUCAAAACUUAUUUGAUGCUGUCCAGAACCGUCCUGUCUUUGCUUUCUUUUAGCAUGUGAUACUCCGUAGUGCAUCAUUUAUCUCCAGUUUGUAGUCGAGUGUCUUGAAUUUGUACUGCAUGUUCUCUGUGCAGUAGAUUAUUCUGCUUUUUUGCAACAGUGUUGUAUUUAGACGGCAUUUCCUCAGCCGUUUGUUCAAAUCACUCAACUCAAACCUUGCUUUGUUUCUCCCGUUACUUCUUACCUGAAUGUGCAGGAGGAGCUGAAGAAACUCUACUCCCAGUUGGAGAUUUACAAGAGGAAAAAGAUGCUCGCAAACAACCCUCACCUCCAGAAGAAGCGGAGCUCCAAGAAAGGACUUGGGCGCUCGCUAAUGAGGCGCAUCACCGAGAUCCCAGAGUCGGUGCAUCGGCAAUGCAGCCGAGAAGACAAGGAGGCGGGAGAACAUGGGAGUAACCGAAACAGCAUCUGCAUGUUGAAGAAGAACCCUUUUGACCCGACUCAUCCGGGAAAGCCAGCCAAGGAGGAGACGCUCAAGAACAAGGUUUUCUCCUUGAAGAAGUCCCACAGCAGCUACGACCACGUCCGUGACCAAAGCGAAGACUCCAACAGCUCUGCCACCGACAAGAUGGAGGUGACAACAGCAGAGGGGUCCCUCCUUGAUACCCUCAUGGGAAAAAAGCUGGUCAAGAAGAAGUCCAGCGACAAUCUGAACUCCCAAACUGAGUCCACAGAGUCAGUUCCUUUGGUGUGCAAAUCUGCGAGCGCCCAUAACCUCACUGCAGACAAGAAACCGAUUCCCUCCAGAGCCUCCAUGCUGCAGAAGUCUCUCAGCGUCAUCGCCAGCGCCAAAGAGAAGACUUUAGGCUUGACAGGGAAGACUCAGAGUCCAGAGGACAGCAACAAGAAGAGUCAGCCAAAGACCAAAGACACAAAGGUCAAUGAGGAGCCAGAGAGUGACUGCCAACCCAAGAUGAUCAUCAGCCAGUCGGUCGAGUACAAACAAACUGCGGCUAAAGGCAGGAUCAUGAAGCCGGCAGUGAGUGGCAGCCAGCCUACAAUCUGCCAAGAUCCAAACAAGGGAAAGGACCUCUAUGACCUGUCAGAGGUGUGUCCCUGGGAAGUGGAGGAUCUCCCUACUCCUUCUGAAAACAAGGUCCAAAAACACGUGUCCAUCGCACCAAAGGAAACGACCACGGUGCACGGGGGAAGCACCAAGGGGAGCAAAUCCCAGCAGCAGAAGCAGAAAGGUUCCGAUCAGUCUCCAACCAGUGGAAGACCUUCGAAGGAUACUCUGAAGACAACAGCUGUUCGAGCUGAGGUUUGUCCCUGGGAAGAUGGGGGCGAAAAUCAAGGCGGUCAAGAAGGAGGGGUGAAGCAACAACCAAUAAAUCAAGCGAGCAAACCUGCGAAGACGCAGCAGCCUCCUUCUACAACAGAGGGCGCCAAAACAUACCGGGCAGAGGUUUGUCCGUGGGACUUUGAAGAGCCCCAAAAGACAACAGAGUUAGCUCGAUCACCGGAUAUGACAAAACAAAGAAAAGGGACCUCUCCUGUGGAUGGGAAAGGGAAAAGUUCCCUUUCAGAACCAUCCAAAACUGGAGUCUCUCUCCAGCUACCAACAUCUAAAGCUGAUGUAUGUCCAUGGGACUAUGACAGCGCAGCCGUGUCUCCAAAUUCUGGACAGAGGACACCGAGUCCAUCCCGACAGACCAAAACCAAGGAGUCCCCUUCGAAAAAGAAAGGGACCUCUCCAACAAGGACAGUUGAGAAAGAGAAACCAAAAGACGCUGAGGAGGAGAAAAGUAGAACAAAAGCAAAAGACAAGAGCAAAUCUUCGGAGAAACACACCAGCCAACCAAAAAUGGCGGAGGUUUGCCCGUGGGAUGUAGAGAGUCAACAGGAAGUGCAGGUGGUAGAAAAGAGGAGAAGCGCGAAUGUGGGAGCCGCCAAAGCAAAGCCGGUUGAAGUCUGUCCGUGGGAUUAUGAGGAUACGUCAGACAAAAAAGGUACAGACAAAAGUGCGUCUGUGGUGAAACAGAGCAACACAAACCCUAAAGGAGGGGUUGUGAGCGCUGCUAAGAAGGCGGAUGUCUGCCCGUGGGACUUUGAGGAAAGCACGUCCAGCAAAAAGGCGUGACACUCGACCUUAACGGACAGCUGAAACGAGAGUUAUCAAUGUAUACUUUUUUUCACUUUGAAAUCGUUCAAUAUGAUCUUUUAAUAUUAGCGCGGUGACUUGGAAGAAAAGUUGAUCAAGUUCCACAAGUUGCCUUCCUUUCCGAGAUUUUCGUUCCUGUUUUACCUAUUUUAAAAAAUAAGUAAAAUGUACAAAAAACAAAGUCAAGAUGAGCAUUCCAGAUUAAUGCAGGAAAAUCCUGAAGUUAAAUCUUAGACGAAUUAUGCAACUUUUGAUUCAGCCUUUUCACGUCAUGAGCAAUUUUGAAGAUUUACAGUUCAUUUGUUCUGUAUUUUAAUCUUACUCUGUUCUUUUGUGCUUUACCAUCAUCACCUAACGGUCUCAAAUACGACAUGAGGGUAGAGGGUGUAAGGAAUAAGUAGUAUGAAAUAUACGGAUGUAAAAACAGCAAAAGUGAAAGCCAAAGAAUAUGUGACUAUUUGCAAAGUGGGGUGUUGAAGUGAAUUUAUUGGUCGGAGGGAAGAACUCAGUGGGGAAUCAGUCUAUUGCACUUUAGCCAAAUCCACAGAUUAAGAGGACAGACUUCUUUUUGUACAUUUUGUCCUUUUAGUUUGACUUUGAGCAUGAUUCCACCGGAUAUCACACACUGACCAAACUCAGACAUGUUUUGUUUUUUUGUUUUUUUUUUCUGUUAGAUCUAUUUAAUUGUAGUUCUCUGCAGAUUAAAUGCUUCCAAGUCUGCAGAGAUGUACUGUAUGUGCCUAACUAACUAGCAUUGUCUUGUACCAGUCUGAAGGGAAGCGAGUGGCUUCCCCUUCAGCACUUUGUGUCAGUGAAUUAUAUACACAGCAUGCACAGCCAGGUAUUGAGAUUAGUUGGACCCACCAAUGUUCUCCGACUAAAGCAGUUAAUGUUUUGACAGAUAUACUGUAUAAAGUUGUUUUUAAUUCUUUUAUUUCACUUCAGAGGCUCUCAUUUUCCUGCCUUCUCGUUUCCACAAGCUCAUUCAGGGUUGAACGUGUGUCGAAAUGUCUCAUAUGGACUCUGUAAAAUGUAAGGGUUGAAAAAUACUAGUGAAAUAGCGAGGACAUAAUUUGCACCAGCUUUGUUUAUGAAUCCAGCAUGGGUCUUUGUGUUGGCUUGCACCAAAAUGUGUGUGCAUGUGUCUGUGGACACAGCUUGACAAAUUAAAAGUGAAAAUGUCUUUUUUUAAAUUAUUAUUUUGGAACCCCCAGAACUCUGUAAAUGACCAAAACCUCACAGUUAGUUUGGCUACUACAAGUUUCCAACAAAAUGGCAGCAGGUCACCACUUUGACUAAACAGUGUAGCUUUAAAGAACCUCAUAAAAACAAUAUGUGUGAGAUCUAGAAAUAAGACGACAUCACUGCAACAAACGCUUCUACCUUGACUAAAGAUAUUUUAAAGGGUUGCUAUGGCGAUAACAUGUACCCACACCAUUUGGCAUAGUCAGCUUUGAAGUCAGUUUCACCUGUGAGUGGACUACAGUUGACGGUAAACAUCAUGCUCUGUUGUAAUCAGCUUUAAAGUAAGUGAGGCAAUGUUUAAGUGGAUGUUAAAACAACUGAAGUCGCCCCCUGCUGGCCAUUAGGUGUAAUGUCGGUUUUAGCUUCUCUUUAUUAGCUACACUCUUCAGACUGAGAGGCUCGAUCCAACUUAUCUAAAUCAUUGUCCACUACAAUAUGGAGAUCAUGUCAUUGAUGCCACUUCCCAAUGAGGUGUUGCAAACUUGGAAACUCAUAAAUCCAACUAGCUUUUAGUCAAGCUAGAAACUGGCGUAGCGAUUACGUUGCUAAAACUACUUUUUAGUCUACUUGGCCAAGCCUCCAAUUAUAUAAGCGUAAGAACAACUUCUCCAUUUUCAUUUAAUUUCUCUCAAUAUAAUCAAAAUGGACAAAUUAAAAAUUCCUCCCCAUACGUUUUUUAUGAGUAAUAUAAAUAUAAGUAAUAAUAUAAAGACGUGACCAGUAGACACCAAAACUGUUUUCUGUACCAGGCUGUGAGAAUGUUUAUUUCCGCUUCAAUAAUGAAUAUUUUAACAUUGAACCAAAUGGGGAUUCCUUAACUUUCAGAACCAGCCUCUAGUGGACACUUGAUGAACUGCAGUUUUUUUAGCACUCCUACUAUUGCUUCAUUUUUAACAUGAAAGAUAACCGUUUGGCAUAGACAGCAUUAUUUAUGACUAAAAUAUGAAAAAGCUGUAAAAAAUAUUUGACUUUUAGUACAGGUACCUCGAGUAAUUAGUGAAGAUGUGUUCAUUUUUAUUGUCAAGUUACAUUUCGACUUGUCCGACUUUGUUGUAAUGAUGUUGCCGUGUUUAAAGAUCUUACUUUGGUCAAUACAGAGCCACUAAACAGUUGUCAUAAAAGGAAAAAAGAAAAGGUUCUCCAAUUAACAUCUACCCUCUAAUAUUCAAAAUCAAACUGUUGUUUUAACACUUUUAUUUUUCUUGUAUUUCUUCAAUGAAGGUUAACAAGCGGUGUCCUGCAUGUUCCCCUCUGGUGGUUUAGAGCAAGUAGGCUAAAGUCCAAGUGAUUACCAAGACUGAUCAUUUUAGAAGUAGACUCUGCAGCGUGUCUGUCGAUAAUUAAUGCGACUAAACCUUUUGAAGGUGUCUCAGUGUUUUGUAUCAAAAUGUCUAAAAUUCACACAUGCUAUCCACCCUGGAAUUAAAGCAAAAAAAGAAAAAUCUGUUAACCACCUGACAUAGUAACUUUAGGAUGACUGUGUAUCAAUAGAGCAUCUGCAGUACAUUACAGUAUAUUGUGAGAAAACAUGGUAUCACUGAAUGUUGUCACUGAUUGUAAUAACCUAUAAUUGCUGUCAAAUUCUUGAAUAUCCUAAUUCAGCAGGAUUAAUAUCUAAAUGUGGUUUAAAAAGAAAAAAAUCCUUCUUGUGAGUGAAAAUUUACUAAACGGAAGCACAGUUUGCUGAAUUUCUCCGCCACAGUGUAACUGGAGAUAAUCCAGUGUGUUACCACUUUUGUUUACCAUCAAACAAGCCUCUAUAAACAUGAUUUAGAUGCUGCGUCUCGUAUCUACACCUGCUGAGGAAUUACCUCUGCCGUUGACCCGUGGGUGCCUCCCCUGAAAUAUUUCAAACGCAGAGUGUUUGCCUCGCGGGGUGAGAUUUGUCACCACCUCUGUUUUAUGAGCUCCUUCAGGAACGGUGUCUGGAAAGGGACUGUCAGCGUGCAUGGAUUGAUUGUGAUGCUUUGAUGGAUCUAUUUGAUAUUUAUGAACCAGAUGUUAGGCGUCAUCCAUCAUCUGCAUUGUGGUGGCGGUUGUAGGAUCAUUUCACACACAGGGAUCCCCUGUGGGACAAACAACCACAUUUCAAAUCCCCACAUUUUUUAAAACCGACUUCAGUCUCCAGAAUCACUGCCGUAUUAGAUCUUACUGCCCUGGGAGACAAAUACUAUGCGUGUAUUUUCAACCUAUGUUUGUUCAAAUUUAUGAGAAGCGCAUGUUUUAUAACGUUUAAUUGAAAAACUAUGACGUUAACACACUUAGACGAGCUUUUAUUUUGACGGAAUUCAACCCAAUCAGAAAAGAACCACAACAAGCAAUAUGAUGUGACAUAUUUAUGUAUUUAUUAUUUUUAUAUUUAUUUAGCUUUUUAUUUAUUUAUUUAUAUUUCAAACUUUUACACUCUCCGCCGAUGAGAUUUAGAGACCAGAGAUAGUUGGAGCACAAGAAAUCGCAACUACAGUCAAGAAAAUAAUAACCAGGGGCGGAUCCAGAUCCAAAAGUGACCAGGGGCCCCACUCAGCAUCUGAUUGGCCACCCAAGGUUUCGACUUUUUAAAAUUCUCAGCAUUGCAUGAAUUGCUUCUUUUAUGUUUUCGAUUGCGAAGAUUUUCCAUGUGUGAUGCAUCUCCUGUUGUGCCAUGCAUGCACAGGAUUAGAUUAGCAAAUUUUGUCCACAGGGGGGCACCAAAAUCAACACAAACCAAAAAUUCCUCAUGGAUGUUUUCAGCUUUGGAGAUACACAUUUGGAGUUUUAUUUUAAAGAGAUGACAUAAUAUCAUUUAAAUGCCACCCCCAUAUCUUAGCAGAGCCCCCCUGGUCUAUAAAGCCUAGAUCCGCCCCUGAUAGAAACAAUGCAAUCGUCCUGCGUCACACCAUGGAAUAUGACACAUGUUCAGCCAGUUUCUCUGUUGUUUAAUUUGCACGAUUUCCGAUAGUAUGCUUGUUGUAGCAUUACUUAGUUCAGUCAGUCCAUAGAGGUCCGUGUAUUCAAUGGUGUAAACAUACCAAGUGUCUUACUGUCCCAGACUCUCAUUACAUUUUAGCCGUUUGAUGGAUGAAUCAGUGCAAGUUUGAACCUCAAAUCCAGACCAUUGUCCUCGUACCACCUUGAUAUGGACGGUACUGUGUCCCGUAGCUCUAUCCGAUCACGACCAUGGUGCAUCUGUCGGCUUGCUGCUUUCAUUUCAAACCUCACGCCUCUUCUCAUAUUGUGACCAAAUCGAGUCACCAGAUGGCAAAUACAACUACUACUAUUGCUACUACUACUAUUCAAUGCUGUAACGUUGUAAAUCUUGUGGCUUCUGCAUGAAUUCAAGAUAAAAAAUAAAUACUAGGACCGAUGUUUCACUGCCCUUGAUAGAACAAAAAAGACAAAAAAUUGAUCUUUUAUGGACUGUUACAAGUUGUAUAGUGAGUGAUACUGUCCCUAACCACUGUAUUAUGUGCUUGUUAUAACUAUUGCUCUAUGACAAGCUUAUAGCAUCAAUAUAUGGGAAUAUUUGGUAGAUUUAUAUUGUGUUAUAUUGUGAUAGCAUGUACAUAAAAGAUACCUCCUCUGCAAUAAAUAUUUAUAUGAAAACAAA